UCUCUCUCUCUCUCUCUCUCUCUCUCUCUCUCUCUCUCUCUCUCUGACCAGACUCCAUCGGAGAAAAACAAACAUCCACAUACUCAUACACUGACAUGCAGCGCUGAGAGCCGCUGCCGCCGCCGCUGCUGCUGCUUCUCCUUCCCCUCCCUCCUCUCCUCUCCUUCAUGCACACUCACACACUCUCCUACUCCAGCUAAUUACACACACGCACACACACACUCACUCUCUCAUCUUGCAGCUGACAUAAGGAGACCCAAAGGAGGACAAACACAUAUACACACACACACACACACACACACACAGACACUGACACAGAGGGCAGGAAUGUAACGGAGGAGCUUUCAUCUGGAAACAUCUGCCUGGAGGACUCCCUUGUCGUCUUAUCCUCUGUGGUGUUAGAGUCCGGCUCUGCAGCAGGUAAGCUCCGUGUUGAUUUCACAUUUCAUUCAUGCCGUUGUGUGGCGCAGUGGCCACUUCAUGCUCAAACAUGUGUCUUAAUUACUGUGGCUGCAACUGUCCUCCUCCUCCCCCUGCUCUGAAGGUGAUGAAGAUGAUGAAGGAGAUCUGGUAACACUGUUUGUUCUUUUUCUGGGGUUAAAAAAAAAAGAGAAAAAGAUGCUGAAUGAGUCUUCAGGAAGGAUGCUCUCUGCAGUUUGAACACUAAAGACAGAAGGAGGGAGAGAGAGAGAGGGGAGAAAGAGGGGAGAGAGGGGAUGAUUGCAGAGCAGAGCCCAGCAGGAACAUGCUGCACACAUCACUUCUGUAUCGCAGAUGGUAUCACUGUGUCGGAACUCGCAGGAGAAUUAACACUAUCAGCCUUUUUCUUUUUUUCUCUCAGUCCGUGUGAAAGAUUAAAUGAGACGUUGCAGAGCGUUUCCAGCUCCAGCUCCAACUGCAGAUCAAAGUUUAUGCGAGGGAGGCUGAUUCCCACGCACCCAGCAUGUGAGCACAGCAGCAGCAGCAGCAGCAGCGGUGGCUGCACAUUGUCUUGACUGAAGCUUUCCCCCUUUUUUUUUUUCUUUUUGAAGUCUAUACAAAAAUAAUGAUUGUGUUUGAAUAAUUAAUGCAGCCUUUGUUUAUGCAGUGGCCUUUUGGCGGCUCCGCAUGCACAUGUAUUCUCGCACGGGUGCACACUCGCAUGAGUCCGAACAUCUGUACCUUCCUAAAAAAGAAAAAAGUCUAGCUCACACUCUUUGCAUGCACGCCCUUCCUCCACCUGAACGAGCACGUCCACUUGUUGAUCCAAAGGUUUCGGUCCGCGGUAAUUGGAACAAAUGCUCCUUUGGUGAUGCAACACACACAUGCACACAGAUGGUAGAUUGACACCUACACAAACCUCCAAUUACGAACACCCUUCAUGUGAACUGACAAGACUGAAAGCGAGGCUGUGUUGGUGCUCAGCGGUAGAGUCGUGAGGCCGUACUAAUUAGUGAAGCUCUGACACUGACAUAUAUUCUUGUUUACCUGGUUUAAUUAGCACUGUUACAUAAAAAUCACUCGGCUCUUUGGUUUUAUAUAAUGAUGGAUAUGAUUGAGAAGUGUUUCAAGAUAGAGGUCCCUCAUGCACAACUGGAACUCUUUUUAAAAAACAAACUGAUUUUAGCAGAAAUUUUCUCAAAUCAGGAAUAAAUUAGGAUGACCAAACGUCCUCUUUUACCCAGACACGUCUUCUUUUUUGGGGGCUGUCCAACCUUGACCGAGGAGUCUGUAAAAUCCUUCAAAUGUCCGUGGUUUUGUAUGGAGGUUUUGAGUUUGUGUCGUGUGGACUUACUGAGUUAGAAGCGCGUAAAAGACACUCAAUCCGACCCGAAAAACUCAAAAUUAAUUGCGCACGACUCUGUGACUCCACCCCGUGUCAUUGUGUCCUCUUUUUGGAGAUUCAGGAUAUGGUCACCUUAAAUUAAAUGGAUUUUUAGGCUUAAAUAAAAAGACUCAGGUCAAAUAAUCUGCAAUCCUUUCUUUUAAUCUUUAGCGCUCGUAAAAUUGAACAGCUCCUGCAGGAAACUUUUAGGUUUGUAUCAAUUUUCGCAACCGCUGUGGGCUCAUAGUGCGUGUGAAAGAUUCUUGUUUCAACCAGAAAGUUUAAUUUUACGGUAAAGCGUGUAGAAAUUAGAGCAGAGUCUUGAUUGAAACGCUCCCUUGCUCACCCCUCCCACUCAUGAAGUGAUGGUGGCCCUGUCUGCUCAGAUAUGACAGAAAGAAAACUGCUAUUAACAAAAUUAUUUGCUCACGCAACAGUAACAACUGGCCACUCUAUAAUUUCAGAGACGUGCAACAAUUAUGUCUGUUCUCGGCUACUGUAGAAACAUGACAGUGCAAGAUGGUGGUCUCCAGUUUCCAUGUAGAUAAAAUCAAAUUCCUGCCAAAGUCUGUUUUGCUAACGCUGCGACUUUCUGCACGCUGUAUCCUUAAUAUUUGGUUUCCAGCAUUAAAGAUAACUUAAUAAAAAUAUAACAGCUGACACCUUUCCUCUCGCUGCAGUUUCAGACAUUAAAAACAGCGCCAAAGAAACAGUAAACAUCAUCACUCAUGGUCUUAUUUGAUCUUUUUAAUCACAAAGAGUCAUCGAUGUUAAUAUAAGUCAGUUUCAUAACAAGCGGAAAAACCCUCACAGGAACUUUAAUACCUAAUGAACUGACAUACAUAUUAAAUUAACACAUAUUUAAAGGUACAGUGUGUAUUUUGUAGUGACAUACAGCAGAUCAGACUUGGUGGAAAUAGAAUGUCAUAUCCAUAAGUACGUUUGAGUUUGUGGACAUAAAAUUUGUUUUGUUACUUUAAUUAAGACUCUUAGAUCUACACCCACUGAGAAAUAGACGGCUAUUAUACAUCUAUAGUUUUCUUUUUAGACAUAAUUUCAACCGUCUAGAUUCUGUCUAAAACUAUACAGAAUCUAGACGGUUGAAAUUAUGUACACUUCACUUGCACUUCAACCCAUUAUUUGAUAACUACUUAUUUCAAAAAGCAACUGUGAGUUACAUAACUGAUCUCCAAGAGAUCCACAAUAAUUAUGAUAGCCGUUGAGCAAUAAACAGUUAGACCUCUGUUAGCCGGCUAGUCUAAACUUGGUCCAAAUUUAGACGUCUAUUAGACCAAAAAAUGCUCAGUGGGCGUGGAGGACACCACUUUUUUUUUUAUCUGCUUUUGUUUAGUUCUGAAUCUUCCUUGUUUUAUAUUUUGAUCUCUAUAAUGUAGAUCUUUGUGUUUGACAUCUCACCUUCUGUUAUGUUGCAGUUGUCUGGUUUUACUGUUGUCAUCUCAUUUUUUCCUACCCUGAGCGUUUCCUGUUUUAUUUUGAAAGUCCCUGCCCCAGUGUUUCAGCUUGAGUUUUACUUCCUGUCUUUGUGUGUUUUCCCUCCAUUGUGACUGUAUACCUUACCCUGAUCUGUUCACCUGUGCCAUGACUGACCCACCUGUGCUGACUAACCCCCUUUGUAAGUCACUGUCUCUCUCAUUGUGUCUUUCCCUAAAUCAUAAUCCUUGUACUUUGGUGAUAGUUUGAGUUUCUUCUUGUGUUUCUGAGCUGUUUGUUUGGAUCAUCUGUUAGACAUUUAGACUAGGUCGUCUCACCUUUGAGUUUUCCACAAAUCAUGUUUCUACAGAAGCACAGAAUGAACAAACUGGUAACAUGUGGGUGUUUGUGUUCAGUGAGUGGCUGUGCAGAUACAGAAGAGAGUGGUUGUUGUGUUUCUGUGGUAAAAACUUGAAAAAUGGAGCAUCUCAUUUAUUAUUCAUCACAGAAGCUUCUUGUCCCCUAACCUGAGGAGUGAGCAAGGGAGCUUUUCCAUGUAGAUACCCCUCGAUAUUCUCACUUUUACUCGAUGCGAGCGACAUGUUUAACUUUUGAAAAUGCAAAACCCUGCAGAAAAAUUCCAAGUGUUUUUUGAAGCCGCAGUGCUAAAAACUGGUCUCAGUUCAAAAUGAAUCCUAAUGCACCAACCUGCAAAUGCAAAUUAAGCCUUAAUUAUUUGACUGUGUUGUCUUCAUAGCAACCAGCCAGGCUGGUGCAAAGUCAUCCACAAGAGCUCCCCUUUGAAUCUUUGCAAUUUCUAAAUCAGGAUUUUUGCUCAGAGGAGGUUGUUGCAAGAGUUGUUGCAGAAGAUUUUUCAUUCCUCAUAUAUUGAUCAUUUGGGAGUUAAAUAAUCGCAUUAUAGCUUCAGGAAUCACAAGCGGAGGGAUGGAGGAUUGUGUUACCAUUUAUCUUGAUGUUGCAGUGAUUUAAAACGGCUCUGACAGGUGGCAUUAAGCUGCUCCAUAUAGAGGAUAAAUUUCCCCAUACAUCUUGUGUGAGAGCUCGGCCAAAGCUGCGCACUUCUAAUUUGACUCAUUAAAAUGUGACACAAAAAUGAUAUUAGGUAAACACAAGCCAAUAAACAGAAAAGGAGGACGUCACAUCGUACGUCGUCAACCUCCAUCUGUUUGUUUCCUGGUUACCGUUUUCCCUAAACACCUCCUCCAAUGUGACCUUAACUUUCUGCUUGUUUCCAUCUGUUAACGUGCUCAAUCAAUAUCAAAUGAAGGUUGAUUCUGUUGCCUGGUUCCACCGCAUGUUGGCUGACAACAAAAAUGUCAAUGCCUCAAAUGUCAAGUCCCUGCAACAUAUCGGGAAACUGGUGAUCAAGAUGCGAAAGGAUGCUUGGCAGUCGGGUUGUGAAGACAGCUGGUCAUAUGCAGGGACAGUUCAUUAAAAAGUGACAUAUGACGCCAAAAUGACCAGCUUUACAGGGUGAAAAUGCCAUUUUGAUAAGACCUAGUGUUGUGUUUUUGCUGUGACGUUGUGUUAAAACCUCCAGACUGAAAACAAGCUGCGUUCAAUUCAGCCGCAUGUUUGGUUCAUUACAUCUGUUUGUAAUUUUCCCCACCAUUGAGUAGAAAUCAAGACGUCUGGAGCUGUUAAUGGGACAGGUGAUAUGAUGUGUUUUUUGUUGUUGUUUUGCAGCGUGUGAAGCCCCGCUGUGUGCUGCUGCUGCUGCUCGGGGAAUGCUCGGAGGUCGGACAGACGAGGUCUGAGCACAAUGAGCGGCCAGGACAAGUGGGUCACACUGACCCCGACCGAAUUCGCCCUGCUGCAGGAAUACACUCAGUGUGAGUACAGAGGCCGUUUGCCAGCGUGUGAUUAGAUUAUGUGUUUAUUAAAGGAGUCUCUCUAUGUGUGAUGAUGCUUCUGUUCAGGGACGGUUAUUUACCAGGUGACAUACACAAGGACGCUCUCAGGCAGCUAUUGUGUGUGAAAAAUGUUCCACUUUAAAGCUACUAUAAGGAGUUUUUUAUAUAAUGAAAUGGACAUAAAUUCACCAAAGAGGUUUAAUUUGCCUGUUGAUGAUAAAUUGAUAAAGCGGUUCAUCUAUAAAGGCGAGAAAGGUAAAAAAAACAUUUUGUAGGCCGACCUGACAGGCUUGGCUCUGCAGCCUUCAUCAGAGGCGUCACGUGAUGUUGGUGUGACAUUGUCUUAGAUGAGUUAUAUCAGUUUUGCACCAACAUCACCUGACUCCUCUGUCAUUCUGUCAUUCAUAUUGAUGCCUUUUCUUAAUAUCUGAAAGUGAACCAGAGCUUUAGGGACAAGAUUGACUCUUUGUAUAUCUUCAUUUUUAAUGUCUGAAAUCAGCGAGGGGGUAGGUGUUAAUCGAGCAGCUGAAAAAAAGACUUGUUUUUACCAUUUCAACAUAAAAUAUUUAUCAUUAAUGAGACAUUUGACUGUUAAAAGUCAGCAGGGUGAGUUUCUUUAUUAUUCAAAAGACAAAAGUAAAUAUGGCUUUGUCCACAGGGGGCGCCAAAGUUGACACAAACUUAAAGUUCCUCUCUCAACUUUCGAAUCUUUGAACAGAAAAGCUUCAUUUUAAGGACGUCUUACACUAUAAAUCGUUUGUGUCUGAAACCUCACCCUAUUAUACUUCUCAUACAGGUUUGUAGCUUAGAUCGGCCUCUUCUCAUUUGUCCCUCUCAACCACCUCAGCCUGUCAAACCGUACACAACCGGUGCUCUUCAGCCAGCAGCAAUUUCCAUAUGUAAAAUGCAAGAAAUACGUCUUAUAUGUCAUCAAAUAUUUAUUCAAAUACCCUCAUAGCUGUUUAAAUAUUAAUGUUGCAUACUGAUAUUUGGGUUUGCUAGCUUACAUGAUUGAUAGUUACAUGACUGUGUCCAAAAUCACACAUUCAUCCCCUGCUACCAACUGUAUUUGAAUGCAGUGAACCCUAUAGCCAGCUCUACAGUGAGCAUCAUAAAACAUGCCUGACACGACUCGCUGUCUUGUCACACAUUUAAAACGCGCAACACAAGCCAGAGAUGAGUAAGAGGUGACGAUAUGAAUUUCAAUGAAAAAAAAAAAAAAAACAAGCGUACUAUAAGACUGUGUUUUUUUUCCAGGUAACGAUAAUAAACAAUAAUUAGCCCCUAAAGGAGACCUACAGUACUCAUCUUUACUUUUCACUAUGUCAAUCUGGGACACCGAAAGAGAAGCUUUGCAUGAUUCCCAGAUCAAAACUUAAUAUUUAUGUUAUACUAGCCAAAUAUCAAUGUUUCAAUGCUGUCUGCCGAAAAUGCUUCAACAUGAUCGAGGAAUUUUUAUACACUCGAGGACUCAUUUAUAAGCUCAAAUUGUCACUGUUUCGCAUGGCGUAUUUUUAAGGUGACACAACGCGCUUCCAUCACCACGGUAGAAGGAGGAGUAAGUGCAGUUUUGGUUUUGCGUAGCGGAAAAUAUGAAUGAUGAGAAGGGCUUUUCUUCUGCAGAGCUCAAGUAGCUCAUUAGUAAUUCACCUCUGAGUCGUGGGCGGAGACAAAUCUGCUCUACACUCUCAUCUUCAUGCUAGCUUGUAGCCUAACUUUGCCGGUGAAGUAGAAGAAGCAGGUAACAUGGGAGCUAUUCAGCUCUCGGACACUAAUGUCUUUAGGUAGAUGAUGAAAGUUAAUAUCAUAAUUAGCUUUCCUACGAUCGUUGCAAUCCGCUAACGCACACACUUGUUCCGCAAUCGUCCUCUCUACUUUUCCAAGUCUGGCCUUCAAUUCAGGAAAUCUUACUGUAUGUGAGUCUGCCAUUUUGGGUCCAACCACUCCAGUAAUCAAUAGAAUAUUCUGUAGAAAACUUGAUUACUAAAAUAUUCAAUGGCUGCAGACCUGAUUCAAAGUUAGACACAGCUUGUGGGUGUUACUUUUUACACAGCUUUGAAGUCACAAAACAACCUUGAAGUUACGCUCUUACUGAAAACCCUUUUGGAGGUUCCGUGUAGAUGGAAACACUCUGGGUUUCAGUAACAGCUCAGAUAGGAAUCUAGUUUGUACCGGGCUUUGUUUACAAAGGAGUCUUGAGCAGAAACAGCUAUGUUGCAGCUUCAGUCGAGACCAUAGUCGGAUCAUCUGGUCAAAUCAACCGUAUGUUAAAUCGUUGGAUAUCUACUGUCUGUUCAGACCUCCAGUAAUCCUCUUCAUACAUGUGGACACACCGUCUCUGGCAGCAUCAGACCACCGUGUUAACAAUGAGAAGAGAGCGUUCCUGUGUCUGCUGCACUUUGAUUCAACCUGCUGUGGUUAAUCUCAAACAUCCCUCGUGUUUAAUGAUAAAUAUUCUGACACUGUAAUUGCUGCCUGCGUGUUCGUCCUGCUGAUGUAGAAAAGCUUCGAGCCGCUGAGCGUUUAAUCUGCUCGGUGCCGUUUUAGCUCCGAGUGAUUCAUUCUCGGGCCCCGGCGAAACGGCUCCUCCGCUCGCCAUCGCUGAGCUCUGGACGCCUGCAGUUUAUGUUAUGCUCUGAGAUGUUGACACAUUUCAGCGUUUGACACGAUUCCAGGGAUGGAAAAUAUGACAAAACCACACACACUCACACACACACACACACACACAGGCGGAGACAGAGCUUUGGACAGACUCAUGAAGUCACAGUUAAAAGUUUACAGUCAGGGGGACAAACAUUGGAACAAACUAUGACCAUAAAAUCAGUUUUGUUUUAAAGACAAAGUGUUUCAUGAGUUUCUAUUUUUAGAGUUUUUUCACCUCCUAACAUGAAAUAUUUUAAGCGUUUAAAGUGGCGCCUCUUUUAUUCGCUAUAAAUGUUAAUAAUUAAUGCCUUCAGACAGGAUCUUUUGUACCUCUGCAAUAACAUGCCUCCCUAAUUGUUCUAGGCCCGUUCACCACUUUGUUUCCCCUCUAUACUUUAAUUUUUACUAUAGGUGCAAAUGAAGACGCUCGUAAUGGACUGAAGUUAGUUUUUUUUCAGAUUUAUUAACUUCAUAGUCAUAAAGAAACACAGAAAAUUAGGAUUUGUAGCAGUUACACGAGUUUUAAAUUUUUAAUUGUGGCUUUUAAUUUAAGUUUUGAUAGAUUAUUUUCAAUUUUUGAAAUUUUUUGUAACAUUGGAUUAUUGUCAGGGGCAAGACCCUUCAUCUAAUGAAAUAAAAUAAAAAAAAAACUUAAAACGUCAUCAUGUUUUUGGCUGUUUUUGUCUUGUUAGAGUUGUUAAAGUUAACCUUAUGGCAGGUGUUACACCACAGAUACAGUAAUAAAUGUUACUCACUAGAACAUGGGCUCAUUUAGGGGUCUGGCCACCCCAAUUAAAAGAGUCGGACGCGCCCCUGCUUGUGAACACUUUCCUUUUCGGCAACAAGUGGAUCCAUGCCUAAAAAAAGGGAGUUCAGAAAGACAGGGACUUGACUCGCAGAUAAACGUCAGACAACUUGUCAUGAAUUUGUGUUUUUAUUUAACAUCUACAGCAAAACAUGAACAGGUUUAUAUUUGAAGAGCAGCGCAGUGUAAGUUAGCUUCGUCCCUCUGCUGCAAAAGGUUAAAAAAAAUUAGUCUAUAUUUUCAGGAUGUAAAAAGAUGAGAUGAAUCAAAAUGCUGCAGUUUCUCCCUUUACAUUUAUGACACCUGGGUGGGCCGCGCAUGUAAAUUUAAAGUCACUGAAGUAUAUUUGAGCUUGCACCAAACUUUAAAAAAACAAGCAUUUAAUCUAAAGCCCCAAACUCAUAAAGUACGCUCCACUAAACUCUGAAGAUGAGAUCUCGUCUUCCCUCUCCUGCAGAGUGUUGUUUAGGUAUGAGACAGGAAAGCUCCAAGGCUGCAGCCAUGCCAACUGAGCACAGUAUGCAGAAUAAACACAAAGAAACCUGCUCACUGGAUCACAGCUAUGAAACUGGGUGUGUAUGUUAUAAGAGCAUUUUAAAUUCAAUUACAAUUACGGCUCCACAUGAUCACAAAAAUAUGAUAAUCAAGACUGAAUUACAUCACGCCGCCUGCUGUGUCACGCUUGUUUUGUCCUAUAUGGUAAAUGAGGCGCACCCUCCCUCCUUUCUUUAGCAGCAGGGCAUCAGCUCCACCCCUGUCCUCAAACAGCUCUCAUAUUUAUAAACUUAAAGUGAUAUUCCAGCGUGAAAUUAAGUUUGGGUCAAACAAACUGUAACACUGAGUUAGACACUCCUGUCGAGAGAUGAAUGUUGCUGACUGCUUGCUUCUCUAGAUACACCAACUUUAGUAACCGAUAGCAAAACACAGCGGUUUUCGUCUCCAUGCGCAAACCUCAACCAAAACGCCACAAAUAAUGCUCAGAACAGCACCUAACUUCAUCAACAGGACAUAUAGGGUCACAGCCAUAGUACUAGACACCAAACAUCUUUUUAGUUUUGUUUGAUUUCUUAAGCAAAGAGACUAAACACAACUCACCUACUCUCCUCCCGCAGCCGCUUGUUUGUGUGGGAGCCCUGACGAGCUGAUCACUGAGUGCAGCGGAGUUUCGCAGCUCAAGGAAGAACAUUUAUGAUUAUUACUUCAUAGAAACGCAAUCAGACUGAGACACUAAGGGAGAAGAACUACUGCGUCUGCAGUGCAAAAUGAUUAAUUUGGUGAUUAUUACUUUAAGGAAAUGAUAAUGAAAUGAUCGUAAAUGUUCUUCCUUGAGCUGCGUCACCCCGCUGACGAAGUGGCCCGAGGUCUCGCUACAAACAAGCUGGAAGAGAGUAGGUGAGUUGUGUUUAGUCUCUUUUCUAAAGAAAUUAGUCAAAGUUAAAAAGAUGUUUGGUGGCUAGUACUAUGGCUGGGACCCUAUAUGUCCUGUUGAUGAAGUUAGGUGCUGUUCUGAGCAUUAUUUGUGGCUAUAGAGUGGCGCUUUGGUUGAGGUUUGCGCAUGGAGACAUGGACCACAGUGUAUUGCUAUUGUGCGGUCGUUACUAAAGUUGGUAUAACUAGAGAAGUAAGCGGUCUGCAAAAUUCAUCUCUCGAGGGGGUGUCUAACUCGGUGUUGUGGUGUGUUUGACCCUUAACUUUACACCGGAAUAUCCCUUUAAGAGCUCAGAUCGGUGUGCAUCAAAGUUUGGGUGUACAAUGAAGUCACAGAUUUAAUAAGUUUGCAUCAUACAAACCAUGAUGCAGCUGCAGGCAAUGAGAGGAGAGCAGGGAAAAGAGCAGGAGGAGGCCAUGAUGAUGAUGAUGAUGAUUUUGCUUUGUUCAUAGUUAGAUCCCUUAAACUUUCUUGCUGCUCUGAACUCAUCGGAGGAGGAUGUUCUCUGGUGUACCGUUUGAUAUGGAUUCAUUUAUCCAGUUUCUGCAGAGAGAGGGGAGGUCAGAUUAACAAUAAAACUCCCCCUUUGCUUUUUCUCACUGAUGUUACACUCGAGAGCCAGAGAUGAUGUUGCUUCUUGUUUUCUUUGUUUUGCAAAUAUUUCCUUGUGGGAGGCUCAGGAGGAGUAAGUUGAAUUAAAGAAGAAAAUAUUUCAAAGAUGUGAGGCUGAACAAUUAAGCUUGAAAUGAAAAAAAAAAAAAAGCGUAGGAUGAAAAGAAAAAAAAAAAAGGAAAGCCAGGCAGCAAAAGAGGACUAAAGAGUCUCAGUGUGUGUGCAUGUCUGCGUGCAAGCGAAUGUGCAUGCUAGACGGAUUUGGAUAAUCAUGUUUCAGCGAGCUGCAGGCGUCUCUUUGUGCAGCCACAGGUUAUAAAAUAUCCCUCUCUCAAGCUGCAACAAUAGGCAUCACAUCAUCUUACCUUCCCUCCUUACCUCGGCCUUCAUCUCCCUCCCCCUCUUCCUCCUCAUUAAAGAGAUGCGUCCACACUUUCAUAACAUUUUAAUAGCUUUGUGCCCCACCGGGCCCUCAAGAUCAUCCUCCCAACAAUUAGAGCUCCUCCGUAUGUGAUGUUGUUGCAGACUGUAGCUGCCUCACGGAGGGAAAUUUCUUGUUCUUUUCAAGGUGAAGCAUUAAACACCAAAUUAGCGCCGUCCUCUGAUUACUGUGUUGCAGCACAAUGCUUCAAUCAUCGGAGUGAGUGUGGAAAAAACACAUUUCAAAUCAACGCUGCCUGCUGAAUGUGACAGGCAAUCAGAAGAUAAUCACUCGGCUCUGUAAUGGUUUGUGUAAACGGCAUGCUAAUAAAAAUGGUCAACGAUGGAGACACACUUACAGUCCAAUGUCAGGCAUUUAUUUCUUCUUAUUGUAUGACUCAAAGAAGUGAAUCCAUUAGUGAUGGAGGCGACUGAAUAUUAGAACCAACAAACGCACUGUUCAGAGGAGUUUAUAUGCUAAUCCAGAUUAUCCGUCAUACAGCGACUUCAGUUUAAAACUGUGGCUUAUUCAUGUUUUGUUUUUUUAUUAUUAUUAAGGCAAUAAUCAGCUAAGCAGUAGUUGUUUGGACUUCAUUAAUUUCCAAAAGAAAUGUGUCUGCAGAGAGAGAUCCAGACUUUCACUGUUGGGUUCAGGCACCAAAAGCUCUGGUUCGAGUCAGGACAACCUGACUCUAACCAGUCGGGUUGUCCAACAUUUGUAAGGAGACAAGCAAUGUUGAGAAUAAAGGAUGGGAGCGACAAGGGGUUGAAUUCGCGACUGCUGUGACGAGGACGAUAGCUUCCACAGGACCAAGCCAGAGCUCCUAAAAACAAUACUUUAAAGCAGGGGUCUUCAUAUAAAUUUUCAAUGGGUCCACCUGGAAUAUUCAGGUGCUCGAUGCUGGCCGGUAAAUGUAUUGGUCAUGAUCCUUUUGGAUCGAUCAUACCGGGCUCUUAACUCGAGUAAAUGCUGGCACCUGAGAGCUGAUUUCAGAGGGUAAUCUCUCUCGAAACUAGUCCGAUAUUUGUCAUAGUGUUGUUUAAUGUUGCUAAUUUUCACAAUGGCUACGUGCUGGUGGCGUAGGAGACACACAGGCUGUGUGCUUCCCGUGGGUAAAAUGAAUGCAAAUGACUCGGUCCACUCGUCAUGAAACACUCAUUAUCUACCUUUCAUGGUUUUGAAGCCGACAUGUUUAAAGAACAGAGGGUUUUUUGGGGGGGGGGUUUUUGGCAGGUUUGUUUCUGCUGUAAAAAUCGUAAACCCUGUGGGGGAUUUUGGCUUUUAAUGCCUCAAGUGGACACCUGAGAAACUACAGUUUUACACACUUCAAAAUUACCUUUUUUUUUAUACAGGAGGUUUCCACGUUUGUCUUACGAGUAAACUUAAACCAUCAUUUGAUCUGGGCUGACAUAACUUUAGAGAUAUCCAUCAUGACGCACUUCUCUGUAUAUGGAAUACUGUAUCGGUACUUUGGCCACCUCCAACCAGCCAAAAGGAGGAGUGUUUUAAAAGAAAAGAGGACUUAUUUUUAUCGUUUCUGAGUGAAAAGAUACUUGAACAUUCACGAUGCAGGUCCCAUAUUGUCUGUUUAUAAAAAGCAAUAAUACUUUUAUUCACCUUCAAGGCUUGGACUCCGCCGGCCUGCUGUUUGUCAAUCAGUGACACACUGUGAUCUUUCAUGAGCUGCACCUUCACCUCAGGGUCCCUGUUCACAAAGCCAAUGGAGUAGAUCGCUGGAUGACUCCUCAAAUAUUGUGCAGACGCAGGUUUGAUUGAACAUGUGAUAUUAUCCCGUGAAGAGUUGAGAGGAAAGGUUGCUGAUUUGUCGCUCUAACUCGAACAUCUAUCCUCUCAAGGAUGCGGACAAGCUUCUGGAUGAAACAGACCCACCGGCGCUUUGUGUGUCCUAAUUAUAUUCUGCAUCAUUGUACCUGCUACCCAUGGUGAAGCUAAUUGAUUUAGCAGAAAUGAAAGCUUGUGAGCUUGCAGUAACCACACAAGCUAAUCUGUCUGAUCAGGCUUAUUUCUGUCUCUAAUGGAGUACUAAGUGGUUAUCAUUUUGGCUCAUCUUUAUUUAAGAUUCUCUUUGGAGGUGUUUUGAAAAGAUUUACAAGUGUAAAAAAGUUAUUUUUUUAGCUGUUUUUACUGAAAGAAGUCAAGCUAGGUUGCGUAGGGUGACCAUAUUCUGAAUCCCCCAAAAGAGGACACUACGACAAGGGGUGGAGUCAUGCGCAAAAUUUUGAGGGUUUUUUAUGCGCUUCUAAUUCAGUUAGUCCACGCGACAGAAACUCAAAGCUUCCAUACAAAAUCACGGACAUUUGAAAGAUUUUAUAAACUUCCCCAGACAAGGCUGGACAUCCCCCCAAAAAGAGGACAUGUCCGGGUAAAAGAGGAGGUACGGUAACCCUAAGGUUGUGUUAACAUUUCAGCAGAUUCAGCAGGUAGAGUCACUCAUAUUCAGUCUUUUCUGGGAUCUCUGAGCUCCAUCAUGCCGUAGAUUCCUCUGGAUCUCUCCCUGCUUUACUUCAAUUUUGUGCAACAGUCUCAAACUAGUCCAUCUCUCUCUCUUUAUGAGUCUGGUUCUGUUCAAGGUUUCUGCCUGUUAAAGGACGUUUUUCCUAGAUUUCCUUGGAUUUUUCCUAUCUAAGCUAGCCAAGUCAAAAUUAGUCCAAAUUUUGUCCUAACCUCCAGGCAAACAUCAUUAAAGUGUUUCUAAAGUGAGCAUUUGAUCAAAUCUGUGUGCUGAGGGUACAGACUGUAUAUAGGAAGGACACCGUCUGCCUCCUUGCUGGAUGAGAACAGCACUCUCUGGUGAUAGGCUACAGUAUCGGUCAUAAAUUCCGCCUCCUCCAGCAAUCCCUAUGGAGCUGUGGACAAACUUCAGAAAUUAUUUACACAGAAUAUUAAUUUUUCUCCCCCUGCUUUCGAUGUCGACAUUUAGUUACUGUAACUGUCUCCAUAACUGUCUCAAUAACAUUAGACGCUUCUACGACUGGCGGUGCAAAUGACGCAAAUUGGGCGACUCUAUUUGCUUCACGAUAACUCAGUAUGAAGUUUGCUGGCUGACAUAUGAAAACAGACGGUUGUUCACUGGUAUCUAAAAUGGAGAACAAACUGAUCGAGUCGGUGUGUGGGUGUCAGAAUUAUAUGAUACCGUUGUCGUCAUCGUUUUCUUCCAUUUUCUAUCUCUAAGGCUGAGCCCGGCCACCCUGGGAAGAAAACCCAUUUUGGCCGCUUGUAUUCGCGAUCUUGUUUUUUUGGUCAUUACCCAAAGUUCAUGACCAUAGAUGAGGGUCGUCACAAAGAGUGACAGGUAAAUCGAGAGUCUCGCCUUACGGCUCAGCUCUUUCGUCCGCAUCACUGCUGACGCUGCUCCGAUCUGCCUGUCGAUCUCCAUCUCCGCUCCAUCCUACCCUCACUCGUGAACAAGAUCCUGAGAAAUGAUACCUUUCUUUUCAAUCACGGAAACUGGAAAAAAAAGGAGCUGGCCUGGAUGCAAUUGAGUGAGGAUUACCAGAUUACCUGGUAAAUUGUGAAAAACCUUUGUCUAUCACAUGAUCCCGCCGGCUGAAUUGGCGGGGAUCACCGUUGAAAUUACUGUUGACGCGCGAAUGAAGCAAGUAAACCGUGCAUCUAGAUUUGCACGACUUAAGCGAGUAGAUGAUUUUACUCGUGCUUGCUGUAAGCGCCCCAGAAGACUGGUUUGUGCUCAAGUACUCUUUUUUUCCUGUACAACUCCAUUUUUAAAAGUUAUUAGGAGGUUCAUGUUUUCUAUGAUUGACACUUGAUACAGACUAUAGGCGUACGAAGGCUGCGUAGCUAACCCAUAAUGACAGUUUCACUGCAAAUGUAUUUUUAAGGUGUUUUUACAUCACACACACAAAUACAGGAACUCUCCUCUGUUUCCUCAGAUUCAACCAAGAAGCUGAAGGAUGUGCUGCAGGAGUUUCAUGGAAAUGGUGUGUUGGCUAAAUACAACCCAGAGGAGGUAUGUGGAGUUUACGCUUCAUUAUGUAACCCUGAGUUUACAGUCUAUUAAAUCCCUGUGAAGCAUGCCUACGUGCAAACACGCUAACACGCAGCGAUGACGUGUUUCAUUAACUCGGCUUAUCUCUCUUUUUCUUUGCUAUUUUUGUGACUCUGCAAACAUCUAACAUCCAAAUUUAGACCAUGUAGAGCUUUUAAAACAUGCAUCCUUAAAAUUUAAGAGGGAUUUUUGUGAAACAAACAUUGAUAAUGAUCUAUUUUGAGUUAUUUUGGACCAGAUUUAUGCACAAAGAUGGAUUAAAAAUGAGGUCCCCAGUGGAUCUCAAUUUAUUGAAAACUCUGAAGCUGCAAAAGUCCAAAGAGCCUGACUUUGCAAACCUGUAUUUACAAGCAUUAAAGUCACAUAUGUGAUGUUUCCCACUCCUGUAUUUUGGAUGUAAUAACUGCAUGAAACAUCUGUGAUCAAAUUGGGUUUCUUUCUUUCUUCAAUGCUGCCGGUUUAGAAGCAGGAAAUCCUCAAUCAGGUAAACUCCUCUCUCUACCUUUUUCGCUUAUUUCUUGUAUGUUUUUUUCUGAGCUCUCACAUCAUUUCUCAGGGAAAACUCUUUUAUUUGAAAAACGGUUGAAGUGAGGACAAAAUUACAAACGUUUCCGGGCGACAGGGAAACCAUUUACGAGAAAGGAUGUCUCCUUUGAGGUGUGUUUAUCUGCGAAAUGUGGGGAAUUCGGCUCACGGAUUUAGUCAGGGGAUGGGAGUAGUGGUAACAAUCAAAGCUAGAAAAACAGGGGGUAGGAAUUAUCACAGACUUUCACAAUUUGCUGAGAUAAAUGCUGCAAAAACACCCUGAAACGCAGCGUUUACCGCCCAAAGAGAGCAAGAAUCUGACUCACGAGGCCUGUAAGGUUUUAGAUUUAUCCACAGAUCGUCCUCUAAAGCGAAACACACCUCGAUUCUCUUCCUAUAACAAUAAACUUUAUUCCCCCCAAGGCUAAAAAGGCAACAACCGCAGCCCAACGUGACAAAGAACAUGCUCUUUUCUGCUUUCAGGAGAUCGACUUUGAGGGCUUCAAGGUCUUCAUGCAGACGUUCCUGGAGAGCGAACUCCCCGAGGAGUUCUGUCAACACCUCUUCAUGUCGUUUAGCAACAAGGGACCCAAACCCAGUCCGUCAUCAUCUGACAAACCCAGAGUGUCUGGUGAGUGUAGAGAGGCCAUCUUUACCCUAACAACCCUGCAGUUGUAAACACAGCGUGUUUUCUGUUAUGUAGUUACUGACGUGGAGAAGCUGAGCCGCUCUCUUGUUGCUAUAGCUCGGCAAUUUGCCACAUUUUCUCCAUCCAGCAGCUUUUUCCUCUCUUCUCCAGUGAGUCAUUCUUACAGGUUUUUAAGAUGAGCUUUUCUUUCUUCUCUUCUGUGUAAAAUCGGCACAAUUCCUGUUUCUACUAAUGCGUCGGAUGAUAACAGAUUUCCUGCCAAGUCCAGCCCAGUGCUACUGAAUGUGAAUCGUAGUGUGGAGGCUGCCAAUGGUCUUGGCAGUGCUUUUGUUUGUUUACAGCUUUUAUACUAUUAUGUAUUUCUAGUGUUUUAAUGAGUUACAGAUAUUAAAACGGCUCUCAGCAGACAUCAGAGCGCUGUGGUUGGAUCCAGAAUUCCCCUCAGGUGAACGAUUACAGAAUCCACCUGAGAUAUCAGGCAGUUCAUGGGGAGUGACAUCAUAUGGACGUGAAUGAAUGAAUGAAUGAAUCAGUGGAUUAGAGCUGUUCAAGCUGAACUCUUAAAGGUCCCAUAUUAUGCAAAAUUCACUUUAGAAUGGUUUUCUAACAAUAAUAUGCAUCCCCCCGCCUGUCUACAAAAACCCCCCAAAAUGAGAAGAUUCUAUCCUCUCCCUCUCGCUGGUUCCACCUUUCAGAAAAUAUCUGCUCAAACGGACAGAUUGAAAAUAUCGCCGUCCAUGACGUCAUGGAUCGCGAUUUUUAUUUUUAAGAAGAGGCUCAAGACUCGCUUUUUUAACCAGGCUUUUUACUAAUUACCAUUUUAGACUUCUUUUACUGCAAAUGUUCAUUUUAAUCAAAGUUCUUAAUGAUUAUUUUAUGUCAUUCUAUUCAUCAUCUCUGUUCUUAGCCUUUUUUAAUUUCCCAUCACAGGUUUUUACUCCUUUUACCCCUUCCAUUUAUUUGUUCAUUUAAUAUUAUUAUUUUCUUAUUUUAAGUCCAUCAGGUUUUACACUUUUUUUUUUUUACCAUUUUUAUCUUUAUUUUUAUCUCCAGUGUUUCCUAAAGGUCGCUCGUUCCUCAUGUAAUGUCUUGGUGUCAGGCCAUGUCUCUUUAAAAUUUUAUCAUCAAAUUCUCACACUGUGUGCGGUUGUGUGUGUGUGUGUGUGUGUGUGUGUGUGUGUGUGUGUGUGUGUGUAUGUGGGGGUGGGUGUGUGUCUCUGUGUGCGUGUGGGUGGGUGGAAGGGUUGGGUUUUUGUCUUUAUUGUUGUAUAUACCAUUAUUGUUUGAUUGCCCAGUCCUACGAGACACACAAUAUUCGUAACCAACCAUUCAGAAACGUCCUGCUGCAGCUGCAGAGUUUGAAUUUCUUCAGGAGCCUCUCCUUCUGGGUCAGACUCUGGAUCAAACUGGUACGGCCGGACCACAGGUACCGUUUAGCGCAAUGGUACUGUAGCGCAAGUCAUAAAGGAGUAUAACAUAGGACCUUUCAAUCUUUGUUUCUCAAUCACAGUAGACGGGUUUCACCUGUAGAGGGCAGCUGCGAUAUGAAGAAUUUAAAGACUUUGUACUGAAAUGUCAAGAUCUGGACCUGAAUUCAUCAACACUAGCUCUAAAUUUGUGACUGUUUUCAGCUGACAGAAGUGGUUUAAAGAGUUGCAGGUCAGAUCUACUGAAGGUUGGAUUGGUCAGGUUGACAUUAACGCCCUGUUGCAUACUGCUGAGUCAUCAUUUUCUCCCAGCGCGCAUUAGUUUCAAACCUUUGAAACCUUAAACCGUACUUACAUCAGAGCCCGCCGUGUUUACCUCUCCCGACACCGCGCUUCGUGUGGCGUCUUUGUUGUCGUCCCUCGGUGCGUACUAACAGUUCAGGACUGGGUCACUUAGGAAUCUGAUACGGGCCGCAUUUUCAGAGUAAUGUGAAGAACCACACCAAGAAACCGGAUCUGAGCAAUGAAUCCUAAUGGAUCAUUAAGGCCUGGAGAGUAGACUUCGUCUGAGUGUUCUUGGUAUUAAGUGCAGACGACUUUACUAACGGGAUAAAAGCAGAAUCUAAAAACAACAUUAUCAUAAUCAGAGAAAAUCAUAAAGUGGAAAAAAACAAAUUUCACACUCUCAGCUGAGUUUGAAACGCAUUAAAAUAUGAAGAAACUAAGCAGCGUUCACCCUUUUCCUGGAAAUAAAUCUAUUCCCUGAACUCUGAUCUGCACUUUCCCUUCGUCUGCCUUUUUGGCGAGGCAGACUCUUCCCGCCAUUGAUCGAUACGUCUGUAUGACUCAUGUCGGGCAUCCUGACCCAGCAGGUUGUAGGGCUAACAUUAGAGGCGGUGUGGAGGAUGUUUUGACCUUUCCUCUGCGUCUCCCCGCAGGGCUGAAGCUGAUCAAAAGCAACUCGACCCCUCUGAAGACGGCCGCGCUGCCCAGACCUCUGGAUACGGUGCAGCUGAAGGACAUCGUGUGUUACCUCUCGCUGCUGGAGGGCGGGCGGCCUGAGGACAAGCUCGAGUGUGAGUGUCAUUAAAUAUCACAGGAGUCCUGGUUUCUCUGCUAAUGUUCGAUCGCCUGAGGUUUGGUGCUGAAGAGGAUAAAUCCUUCCUCUGGGUUUUUUAAGAAAGGAAGAAAAAACUGAAAAUACACGAACAGGAAGAUAAACACUCAGUUAUACUUUAAUGGGUGCAGGGAAGUCAGACAAAGGUUUAAUGCCGUUAAUCCCCCCUCGUCUGCUUUGUGGUAAAAUGCAGCUCUAAGCAUCAGUAAGACGCGGGUCUUUUAAGGUUUAAACGGCUAUAGUGGCCUUGAGCGGUCUCAGUAAUCUAAUCUCAGUUUCCAAGAGCUGUGUUCUUACCCUCUUCCUGUUUUGAGAAAGAUCCUGAAGUUCCAAGCACCAUUCAGACCAGAUCUGUUUCUUCUGGACCGUGACAGACAAAUCCAGGUCAUAAUGUGGUAAAGUGGGAGGUCAUCGGGGUCAGUCUUGAAUCUUCACCUGCUGACUUAGAUGACCGAGAUGCUAAGGUAGAAGAACUACUGUGUCUGCAGCGCAAAAUGAUUAAUAUGAUGAUUAUUACUUUGAGGAAAUGAUAAAGAAAUGAUCAUAAAUGUUCUUCCUUGAGCUGCGUCACCCCGCUGUAGUCCGUAAUGGACUGGCCCAAGGUCUUGCUACAAACAAGACUGCUGUGUAUUGCUAUCCUGCGGCCGUUACUAAAGUUGGUAACUAGAGAAGCAAACGGUCGGCAACAUUUAUCUCUGGAGGAGGUGUCCAACUCCUUAAAUUAAUUUCACGCCAGAAUAUCCCUUUAAGGUCAUGCUGGUUUUUAAAUUGUGAGCCGAUAACAAACCCGAUCUACCCUCUCCACUUCAGAGCGGGGGAUGCAGCGUCCAAGGUUUCCACUUUUGAUUUGUUAUGAUCAUGUUCAUAAAAACCACAUUUUUACUGUUUUUAGUGAAUUUGAGCCCAUGCGGUGAUUUCUACUACAGAGACAUGUCUGUUUUUCUUAUUAGUGCUGGUUUUCAGCCUUGUCUUUUUUGCUCAGUGAUUUCACCAGAUUCUCAUAUCGAAGUUAACCUCAAAAACAUUUUAAUAAUGUUACCUCAAAGGACAUCAUCCUGAAACUGUUGAUCUGUUUGCUCACGCAGUCUCUCACAGAGCAACAAACCUCUUUGUAGUUUUACCUCUGAGGGUCUUAGUCUCUCUGACGUGCCUUUAUGUUCCCAGUCAUGUUACAAAACUAAUGAAAAUAAACCAGUCGUUAAAAAAUGUUCUUGAUCGGCAUUUUUUAAAAACUUUACAGAACUUUUUUGAUGUUUUGUCGUCUUUCUACCAAGUUUUUUUAAAUCUUUUGUAGUCACCAAAUUUAAAAAAGAGCAAAUUUUUAAUAAAUUAUUUUUUUUAAUCUUAUUUCAAUAAUAUGUUGUCUUUGCACUUUUUCUAUUAAAACAGGUUUUAACUGACUUGCAGAUUAUCAAAAACUUUAAACGAGGUCUAGCUGGAGUGCUGCCGUCCGUAGGAAGCCAACUGAUAUAAUUUAACUCUGGGUUCUUGCUGAAGAAGUAAAACUCUGCGCUGACUGUGUCUCCUCAAACAUUUUCUCAUCCUCUCUCAGCAUUUUUCUUCGGCCAUAUUUCUAGUCAGCUGUUGUUACGACUCCCUCUGCUUACAGCUGGCUCAUCUGAAAGUUUUAAUAACAUCUUAUGGUUGAUGAUGCACCAUAUUUUCAGAUUUCAGCUCGGCUUUACAUGAUUGGGUGAUUUUAGUCUGGCUGGUCGUGGUUUUGUUGUUAUUUUCUCUCUUUAUUGUGAGUUUAAUUUAACUUAUUACCUCCAGUUCUUUGUUGGCUGAAAGCUUGUCCUUCUCACUGAUGAUCAAAUAAAAAUCUGUCCAUCUUUUUUGACGCUCCUCUAAAACGUUGUCAGGAGCUUCAUGUUCCCAGCCUCUUCCCACAUCUCUGAAUUGCAUUUACCACAUCAUUAAUUCACCAGGUUAUGCAGCUUAAUUGGACAUCAGGCUUCUUCUUUUUUUCCUGUGUUGGUGUAAUUCUCAUCCAUCUGCUGAAUUAUUGAUCAGGCCCACGCUCAUUAAAUGAAGGGAUGACUAAAUAAUUCAGCCAAUGCUGCCUGCGUGUGAGCGCAUCAUGGAUUUAACCAUACAUGUCUUAUUGAACAGUGUGUCCUGCUGAUACCGCGCUGUUAUCAUCUCUGAGGUGGAGGGGUCCCCCUGCUGGUGAUUAGAGGAACUGCUCUGACUCCACUGCAGUAAAUUAAUCAGUUUUUAUUUUUAAAAACUGAGAAAAAAAUAAAAUAAAAUUCCUUUAGUUAAAGUUUCUAAAGUUUAAGGUAAUUUCCUUAUCCAGAAAAUGUUUGUUAUAAAAACAUAUAUUUUUAUAACAUAUAGUUGGGUAUUUUCUUGCUUAUUCCUCAUAAUCUUUUCAUCUGUGACGUUUUGUAAUUAUCACCUAAUUUCAGGUUUAAGAUAUUAUUUAAUAUGCUGCACAUGGUGUCGCUGAGAAAAGACAUAGAUCGUGUUUUUGCAGCCGUGUGUGUCUAGGAACAUUUAACUUCUUCUGAUAAGUGUCAAGUCUCACACUUAUGUGCUAAUUAGCGCUGCAAAAACUCAACUCUGAAAGUGAAUUUGUCUUAUUUGCAUUUAUAAAAAUCUCAUCAGAUUAAAUUUGAACCAUAUUCACUGAGGUGACGAUUCAGACUUAACUCAAAAUAUCGUAAAAACUGGUAAAUUUACAUCUUGAGUUACAGUGGUACAGCAGAGGAUAAGGGCCACCCUGACAAAGGAAAGAACAUUAAUUUGAAGAUUUAAUCAAAGUAAUGCAAAACUGAAAUCAAAAUACUUAUAGAAUAGGUUUUAAUACAAUUAAGUCAUAGUAUUGCAGGAUUAGAGUCAUAAUUUUACAAGAAAUAAGUUAUAUUAUGAAGAGAAUAAAGACAUACUGUUACAAGGAUAAAGGGAAACUCAUGGGAAAAAAAAUGUGUGGUUUUACGAGAUCCAAGUCUUACUAUUUUCAGAAUGACGUCUAAGCUCUGAGUAUUUGGUCAUUUGUAAAACUUACACAGAAAUAUAACUUUGAAUGAACCAUCUCUCUCAUUUUUAAGCAGUAGGCGAGGAGUUCAGUAAAAUUACAUCUUUAUUCUCUAUAAAAAUUAAUUCUAAGUAAAUUCCAAACAGAAAAGGAAGAAAAAAAUCUUUUAGGUGGAUUUUAUACUCCCUUUUAAGGUCUUCUUGAAAUCAAAAUAAUGUUUAUUCUUGAUUUUUUUACAGUAAAAAACUGUUAAUUUCACUAAAUAGUUGCAGUAGUCAAAUAAAUGUAGCUUAUUAAAUCUGAAGAGAUGUUUUUGUCGAGAAACAGGACAAAUGUACUUCCAAAGGCUUGAGUUUUUUUGUUGUGAACCCUUAAUAUGACCACAAACAACCCAACAAAAAAGGGCAUAAAACUGUAAAACUUGAUGGAUUUGUUGUAAGAGACACAAAACUCCUUUUUAAAACAAAAACCAUCCACAGAAAGAUUAUUGUUAAAGAGAUGCGACAGCCGUACGCGCUACUAAAUCCUCUGUCUGCUGAGGUCAGCGCUGGACUUUUUAGUCAUGUUAGAGUAUUUGAGCUACAAACAACAGAGGGAGAGAGAAACAAAACAGGUACAAUAUACUGUCCUGACUAAAAGAUUUGAAAGUUUUCGACAGGUAACGAGUUUGUACAGAAAAGCCUGCUCUCAUUAUUCAAAAAGUUUGUCUACCUUUAUGUCUUCUGUAUUCAUUUGUUUGAAAAAUCUCUCUCUGAAAUCACUUUUUAAGGACUGUUUGAAGUUUCACAGCCACAAAACUUUUCCUCUGUCAGAUCCAUCAACACUAACGUUCACUGCAUUUAAGAACCUCUGACUCUGGCCGCCACAAUCACCCUCCUCUAACGCCACCAACCCUCCACCUUUAAAUCUAAGCACCACCAUACCUCUCUUUCUCCACUGCAUUCAAAACAUCUCACCCACACCAGAAGCGGGCAAUUAGCUCCUCGUUAGUGGGCUGACGAACCGCCAUGUGACAUCGUAGUGAUGUCAGCAGCAGCCUCCACGGCGCUCACGUCUCUGUGGGGAGGAUUGGAGCACCUUGAAGUGCGGCCUUGAUUAUGGAAACGAGCUUCAGCCCGGGUCACGUUUGUCACGAUUCUCUCUCAUUUACACACGGAGGUAUUUGGGAAUCGCUGUGAUUUAUAAGAGGCAGCGCAGACCACAAAUCUGGCAACAUCUAAAAGAAAUAUGAAUAUUUGAUAGCUUAAAAGUAGGGCUGGGCGAUAUGGCCUCAAAUCAAUAUCACGAUAUAUUGAUCAGUUCACCUCGAUAACGAUAAAUGGACGAUAACUAUUCCACAAGCUGCUCACCCCGUCCCACAUUUACUUCUUCUACUUCACCUGUAUUUCUCUCUUUGUUACUGACUGGAUGAAGUGGAGUCACGUCUCUGACAGCGUCUUAAUGGGACAUGAGACCAUAGCCUACCUACACACAUCCAAAACCAACUUUGAUUUACCUAUUUUUUUGACACUGAAUAUACCGAUACGGGCAAAAUGAUGUCGGUUAUUGUCGUAAAUUUCAGUAUAGUUAAAAUAUUCUACUUUAAAGCUUCCAGCAUUUAGGGUUUGAUUUGAUAAUUUUAUUUAAGUGUCAUACACCAAAAUUGGUGCCCAGCCCCAUGGGCUUAUUAGACACUGUUCAACAAACUCAAAACACAAUGCAUCCAAGACAGCCACGCAACAUAAUAUACAACAACAAUAACAUCAAAAAUCCAUUAAGAAUUGUAACACAAACAAUGAGGAUAAUGAAAGAGAAACAAAAAAGUUCAUCCUACAGGGUACAAAAUACUUUGCCGCAUAUGCCAAGCCUUUUUAACAAAUUUUGCCAAAACAAAAACAUCCUUUUCAAACAACCAACCCAAAAUCUCACCUUCACUCUUCCAAAAUAAAUCAGGAUUUUUAAACUGAAUUGAUUCAAAAAUGACAGUCCUUAAGUCAACAUAUAAGGGACAAUUGAAAACAAAAUGAAAUUCAUCCUCAACCACCUGUAAAUCACAGAAUUCACACAAACGUGCUUCUUCCGGUAAGCUUUUAAAUCGUCCCACUUCUACUGCCAGAGGUAAGGUACCUGUUCUCAACUGAGCACAGAGAGAUCUCUGUCUUCUCUUUAAAUUAAGGAAAAUAUAAGGUUCUGUAAAAUAAUUCUUCUUGAACUGAACAUAAUUUCUGAGCUUAGGGUUACUAAAUAACGGGGAUAAAAUGUCCUAAAAUCUCAGAAUUUUCCCAAAACCGUAAAAACUUUACCCCCAAAUCCGUUCAAUCUGGGAUCAGCUGAGGUUGUAGUAUCUGGACGCUCACUCUGCUUUGUGUUUACAUGCAGUGACCUUAAAACAAAGGGGUGAGCUUGUGGAGUGAGGUUAUAAUGGAUCGAGCGCUCGUUGCCAAUAACUGCUUUUAACGUUCUCUUCAGACCUCGGGGAGGGAGGGCGGCGAGUUCAGCGUGUUUGUUAAUACGACAGCCUGACAUUUUGUUUUUGUCUCCACAGUCAUGUUUCGGCUCUACGACACAGAUGGAAACGGCUCAUUGGACAGCUCGGUAAAUAUUUCUCCUGUUUCCAGAAUAACCACACCUCAAAUGAUCUGUCCAGUCCUGCAAACAUGAAGAUAGUGAAGUAUUUUAAAAUAAUUCAGGAGUCUCUUGGUGGAAAAUAUUUUGCAGAAAUGGUACUCAAGAGCAUUUUCAGUUUCAGCUCAAUUAUUAGUGUGACAAAGAGUGACAAAUGUGAGGAAAAAAGUCUUUGCAACAGCAGAUAAGUCACUGAAUUGUAGGUUAUAAUCUUUAUAUGAAUCGUGGAAAUAGAAGAAGGGUGAUUUGUAUUGUUUUUAUCACACAAUAAGCAAAGAGAGGCCGGAGUAUAUGAAAAACAGAAUAAAUGUCAAUUGUUCCUCCGAUUUGAUUCAUGAGUUCAAUAAGAAGAACAUAAAACUUUAGUUUUAGGGGGCAAGGAGAAGGAUUCAUAAAUAGAAGAUAAAUAAAAAUACUAGAGAGGAAUACCAGACUGUCCCCCUGCUUGAGCUCACACUGAACUUCAUGUUAUAUGAUGCGAUUUAACACAAUCCAAUACCAUCAGUCAACCAGUCGGUCUUUAUUUAUUCAGCGUGAAGUUUGAAGCCUUUGUUUAAAGAGUGAGUUUACAGUCUAAGUCAUUCAGGGCCGCUCACAUUUACUUUACUGUUAUUUCGUGACAUUUAAUGACGUAUAAAACCUCUCAUUUACUUGGAAACAGCUGAUUGUCAGAGAAAGAGAGGGAGGAGAAAAGCAAAAAAGAGACAAAAAUAUUAAAAACAUCAGUUUCAAAGGUUGUUAUAUUUUGUGACACAACAUUUGGAGACUAGAGGAUAAAGAGCUGAAGUGUGCAACACUAUAAGAGGACAUAUGAUAUGAAAAGACGACUGAAAUGAUGCAAAAUGAUAAAUCAUGAUAAAAUACAAUAUGAUGCCACGCAGUGAAACAAUACGAUCAGUAAAAUACAAUUUGAUACAAUACCAUUUGAUAUGAUAUGAUACUAGUGUUAGAAGUGAUACUCUAUGAUAAAAGCCGUAUGAUACAAUAUAGGAGAUGCAGCACAAUGAUACAAGUAAUUCAAAAAAUACAAUAUGAAACAAGCGAUGUGAUACUUGUGAUAGGAUAUGAGAAUACACUACAAUAUAUGAUAAGAGAUGGAUAUCAGUGAUGUGAUAGGAUUUGAUACAAGCAAUACAAUACAAGUAAUAUGACACAACAUGACAGUAUGAUGCGAUAUGUUUUGAUACAAGUGAAACAAGAGAUACAAGCAAUGUGGUACGAUACGAUAAGAUAUGAUGCAAUACAAGUGAUAUGAUACUUACUGAUACAGUAUAGUUCAGUACAUCAGAGUCAAACAUAUUACCACACAAAACCACUCUGUAGUUCCAGUCAAACAGCUGGUGUCAGAUGAUACUCUGAUAUUAUGAUACAAUAUGAUAGUAUGGUACAGUAUUGGUUUAUACAGUACAAUACAAUACGAUACAAGAACUUCAUUGAUUGGAAAUUUAUUUGUCUCAUGUUUCAUGUCAACUACUAUUUAUAGAAGAAUUAAGCAGUCUGAUGGUUGUGGGUACAAAAUAUAGUUCCAGUGGCCUUAAUUAAAGGACAGGGCAAGUUAUGGCACGGUGAGGUACAGCACAGCAGAAUGGAUCGGGUGGAUUUUGUCUUCAAUAAUGUAAAACUAAGAAAUUCAAAACAAUACGACACAACAUGAUGUGUUUUGGCACAGUUCGGUUACUGACGAUAUACGCUUUGUUUUUGUUCCUUUUUCCUGUUUCCGCUUUCGACCCCACUUUUAACUGCAUUUUCCUUUUUUCUUAUAACUGUUAUAACUCAUUUUAUGUUGCAUGGUUCUUGUUCUGUCUGGGUUCCUUAUGGCAUGAAAAUGGCCUUCAAUUUCGUUUUAACUGAGCUUUUUGUUGUUAUCUGUCUUUUUCCAUGUGCUCUAUGACUACAUGUCAAAGCACUUUGUAUUCUUCUGUUUUUAAAAGUGCUACAAAUAAAGUUAUUAUUAUUAUAUUAUUAUUAUUUUGGCUGGAUUGCUGCACACGUGUUACAGCAGUGAAUGAAAAACAGACAGCAGAGCUGUGUGAGGAAAACAUGUGAUUGAUCAAACUGAGGCAUUAUUACGUUAAGUUUUCUGCAGAAAUGGUCACAGAGUUGAUCUCUUCUUGCUUUGGGAGCAAAGUUACACAGUCUUCAUGCAGAGAAUAAAAAGGAUAAACUGGCUUUUGCUUAUAUGCGUGGCAGUUUGUGUAAAGAGAACAAGCUGCAGAAGUUUUAAGAAUCUGCGAGGGGCUGUGAAACGACAAGGAAUUGGUUAUGUAGGCUUGUCCCGAACCCUUGAGAGCUUUGUAAACAAGUGAAAGAGCUCUGCAUCAAUCUUAAAAGACACUGGGAGCAUGCUAAACAAGUCCAGAGUGCAUCAUAGAGACUCAGUUCCCCACCAGAUAAUAAUGUCACCCCUCUCUAUCCAAAAAAAAAACAAGCACUAUAAUUAAAGCCUCAGCCUCAGAGCUCUUCCCACGCUGCCUUUGUUUUUCUCUGUGCGGAAGAAUGACACUCCAAACCGGCGAUUACUGGCUGCUCAUCAGUCCAUUCACACCACAGACAUUUAGUGACAUCAGAUUGUAAGGCUGCAAUAUACAGAAAGGUAAAGAUAGUAUUUUUGUGCUUUUAAUGAUCGUCUGUGGCCUCACUACAGGAGCUGGAGCACAUUAUCUCCCAGAUGAUGCAUGUAGCAGAGUACCUGGAGUGGGACGUGACCGAGCUAAAACCAGUAAGAAAUCAGUAAUAAUACCAGUUUGACUUGAUUACACUGUCAGGCAGAUCUCUUGACUCACACUACAGCUGUUUUUCUUCAGUGUUUAGGCCUGAAAACUCAUGAAAGAUGUCCUACUUGGCAUCUGUUUUUGCUCUAGAUCCUCCAGGACAUGAUGCGUGAAAUCGACUACGACCACGACGGCACGGUGUCACUGGAGGAGUGGAUCCAAGGAGGCAUGACCACCAUCCCACUGCUGGUCCUGCUGGGCCUGGAGACGGUGAGUCCUGAGGGUCGUACGAACUAAGAUUUGAUUUGAAGUUAAUGUCUAAAUGAAGAAUUAUAGAACACCGAAACACAUAAACGACGACUGUGUUUUAAGACAAACACGACGAGGGCGAAACUCUUACAGUCAUCGUAAAACAACAUGAGUCUGCACGUCAUAUUUUAGUUUCUGUGAAGACUCAGCAGAGAUUUUAAGUAAAUGCUCAUUAUUAGCAUCAUGCUAUCUGCUGCUAUUGCCAUGGCAACACAGAAGCUCUUUCCACAUAUACACUCUUUAAAAUUUGUAGAGAAAUUUUGACAACCUGCUCGUGCAAUUUGACAACGUUGUUAUUCACCCAUGUCCAGCUUUAUUAGCUUUUUUUAGAUGGAUUCCUUAAGUUUCUCAGCUUGUUCCAAGUUUGACACCUCUCAUGUUCUUGCUUUACAUUAAUACUGUGUUUUAUUGGACAUAUUGAAAGUAGAAGCGAGGACAGUUAAAGAGCAGAAAAGAUAAAGCAGCUGUAUUCUGUGCAUGAUAAACACCAGUUACAUGAUGUACAGUAUAUCAUCGCCCCUUCAAACUUGCAUAUGUUGGAUUUUCCUGACUUAUUCUCACUUUUUUGGAGACAUCUAAUCAUAAACAAAGAGGGAAAAAAAUCCAGGUAGAGUUUGAAUCUAUUUAGUUUUGCACAAGCAUCAUAUGUUAAAUAUUUAUUUAUAUUUAGGUGUAUGUGUGAAUACAUCAACAGUUGCUUAUAAAGUAUAAUGAUCACCAAGUUAACAGUUAAAGUUUGAAUGAUAGCAUGCAAAUAUUUGUUGAUUAGCAUUAGACUUAAAAAAGAUAAGUUGGUUUAUGGAUUAUUAAAUGGAGAAAAUAUAACAUGGUUUCAGUGAUUGACAAAAAGAAUCAUUAAUUUAAAACAAAUAUGUCCAAAAUUGACCAGUUCAAACCUCAAUCUGAGGAUCUGCUGCUUUUCUUAUGAGGAGUUUUGGGUCGAGUUGGUCGAAAAAGGUUUUAAUUUUUCACUUAGAGAUCUGACAAUUGUGAUCACUGAAAUCUCCUAUUUGCUGCUGUGUACAUUUCCCAAAUUAAAAGCCGUCUUCAGUUCACCUAAUCUCCACUAGAUGGAACUAUUUGAUCAGUUUCAGCAGAGAGAGACUCUACAUUUCAUUUUUUAUGAAUGAGAAGUUACUCAGGUUUACUAUAUCAGGAGUACAACGCUGCAAGUAGACAGAAUAAUACAGAUGAAAAUGCUGCAUGAAAAAUAAUCCGAGGGAUGAGUGUCUGUAAGGGUUUGCUGAGAUAUUAUAAACAGUUUUAAUGCAGCAGCUGCUCUGUGAAUCACUCGUCUCUCUGCAGAAUGUCAAAGAUGACGGGCAGCACGUGUGGAGGCUGAAACACUUCAACAAGCCGGCCUACUGUAACCUUUGUCUGAACAUGCUGAUCGGACUGGGGAAGCAGGGACUCUGCUGCUCCUGUGAGUGAUGCUCUGACCAUUAACUAAACAACAUGUGUAUUGAUUCAGUGCAGAUAGAUAAAGUAGGCCAGCGUUGUCUGUUCAUUUGUAGCAUCACUGGUGUCAUGGAUGGUCUCCUGUGAUCAGAAACUUGGAGUUUAUUCGUCAGGAUGUGUUGGAAAUAAGCGAGUCUCAGUUUCCUUUUACAUUUUAACUGAAAAAUACACAUUUUCACAAUGAAGUUCAGUUAACACUUUCACAAACACAUUACUUAAUCCCUCGUGUUUAUCACUUUCAUCUGUACCAAGCGUUUCUAUUUUUCCUUCUCCUUUUUUAGUCUGCAAGUACACGGUCCACGAGCGCUGCGUGGCCCGCGCGCCGCCAUCCUGCAUCAAAACCUACGUCAAGUCCAAGAAAAACACGGAGGUGCGUCCAAUUGGAGUGUUUACCAGUCGGCACGCUUGGAUCAGCGAUGCGGCACGGAGCUUAGGAUGAGAGUUUCUCUUCUUCUAAUGGAAUUAAAAUAACUCAAUCAGCUGCAGAGCAUUUCUAAUUACCAGUACAGCUCAGCUCUAAAGCCACAGACUCCGUGGAGUGUCCUCUUUCUUUCAUUCUCACUCUGUGUCUUGUUGUUUUCUUUCCCUCUUGCUUUAUUUAAUUGUCAUGUCACUUCUGUCUUUGUAAAUAAAUCUUGUUUUCCUGCGCCGGGUUCUCUCUUCUCACUUCUUCCCCUCUCCGUAUGCCGUCUCUCCCUCUCUCCGUAGGUAAUGCAUCAUUUCUGGGUGGAGGGGAACUGCCCCACCAAGUGUGACAAGUGUCACAAAACCGUUAAGUGUUACCAGGGCCUGACUGGGCUCCACUGUGUGUGGUGUCAAAUCACGGUAAGACACCACCCGAGGAGAAGCAGCCACCUCCUCGUUAGAUUCCCACUGCUUCUCGUACUUUAGCUUUUGUUUUUAGCACCUCAGAUACCCUCUACCAAUUUACACCCAGAAAACACUUGUGAUUGAGUUCAUGGAAAUAAAAUAUAUACGGCAAAGUCUCAUGUAAAGCUAAUGAAUCUGGAGCAUAAAGCUGAAAAUGUUACGUUAAACGUGGACUCUAACUUGAUGAGUUUUGGCGUUAAAUAAUGGCUGUAACCUUUCCUCCAGCUCCAUAACAAGUGUGCCUCCCACGUGAAACCUGAGUGUGACUGCGGCCCCCUGAAGGAUCACAUCCUGCCCCCUAACUCAAUCUGCCCCAUCAUCCUGGUAAGACUUUCACUCCUUUCUGGUCGGAGAGUCUGACCUGGUUUGACUCGGUGUGUUAUCUGAGGAUGCAAUCACCAGCACAAGUUCUCCCACAGAGCUCUGAAAAUGGCAAAGAUGUGUUGUUUUUUUUUAGCUUUUUGGGAAUAAUCAUCAAAAUGGUGAAAGUUUAUUUCAGAGGAAAAGACUGUGUAACAGAAAUUACUCAUAAAAUGUCUCAAAAACACAGUUAAUUUUAGCAUUUUGACUUCAGCAUUAAAAGUUUGUAAAAAUUGUUAGUUUUUUUGUUGUUGUUGUAAAUAAAACAAAAAAUAAGAAAGAAAUCCACAUUAUUAAUCAUGUUACACAGAAAUAGCAAGAUCCUGAGUCAGUUCAUCCAAAACACAAAAUAAACACUCAAAUUUGUCGAUUAAAAAGUAGAUUUCUCAUCCUCCUUUGAGCUAAAACACAAAAUAACAGCUUGGACUUUCUCUUUUUUCAUGCAUUUAUCACGACAUGUCUAGCUCAUAAUCAAUAACCCAGUCAAAUAGUUCAGAUUUUUGUACAUAUUGAUGUUUAAAUGUUUUUUAAGCCCCUCUUGCACCUGCAAUAAUGCAAUAAUGUAUAAUAUUUGAUGUAUUAUUUGUUUUGAAUUGGUUAUCAAAUUCAUAAAUUGUAAAAGGACAAAACUCAAACUUUACCUUUAUGUUGAAUUUAUCGACCAAAUCAUUUUAUAAUCAUUUUAAAGAAUUUUCCUUACAGUUUAAUUUAACCUAAUUUAUGUAUCUUUAAACCACUUGUUUGACCUUUGACCCCCAGGAAAGGCAGACGACGCUGAGGAAAGACUCCCUCCGAUCCAAUCAGACCGGCCGAGGGAAGAUGCAGAGAGCGAACUCGGUCACCGUGGACGGUCAAGGACUGCAGGUGAGACUUUUAUAACCUCAGCGAGGGAGGAAUCGGGACGACUUAAAAUCCAUCAAAAUGACAUGAAGUUAAGUCCUUUUUUACUGCCGAUGUUACUGGUUAUAAGGUUGAAAUGAGAUGGAAAAGAAAUGUUAGAAUUAGAGAAACACUGAUUUAUUUUCACUGUUUUGAUGAAGUGAACCUAUAAAAAGUUUCUAAAUUGUUUUUUUAAACCACAACUUGCAAAAUUUGGCCCUAAUACUCCGUCGUAGUAAGCAGCGUCUUUGCGUGCACAUAAGGCACCACAAACUUAAAGCUCCUAUAAGGAGUUUUUAUCUCCUUCUCAAACAAAGUGAGACCAAUAUGGAUGCUUCUUUAUGAGACCACCAGCAAGACAGAUUUUUUCUGUAAAGUUGUUUGUAAUGUUAAGAACACUGGUGGGGGGUAGGUGUCAAAUCAGCCCUUUUUUUCCCCUACACUUUUGAAAGCUGAGGUUUCAUCGAAUUGUUGUUUACUAUAACAGGGUGUGUUAUACAUUUUAUUUUAGGAUUAUUUUUACCUUUGUUUCUAGGAGAGCUGAAGAGAGACAAGAGAUAUGAGAAGUAGAGAGUAGGGACAAAGAUACAGCAAAAGAUUACAUCAGGACGUCAUGAAGUCAUACCUGUGACCAACAAGAAAUAUAGGCCCUGUAUGUGGGAAAGAUGUCUGAAUUGCUAGGCUAACUACUGCGCCAGGAUACGACAACCCUGAAUUACUCAAAUCAGCAAAGAGAUCAGAGGUAGUGCUUUGUCCACAGGGGGGCGCCAAAAUCGAUAUGAACUUAAAGUUCCUCACUGGAGCUUUAAAAACUGCCAUGAAAAUUCACUUUUUAUCAAUCAAAUCUGGUGUACGAGACAAACUUUUGGUUCCCUUUUGUCAUCCAAGAAGUGGACUGUAAUCUGUGCACCUGUACAACAAAUAUCCCAGAAUACAUUUCAGGAGAGGUAUUUAAGAGAAGUGAACGAUGAACAAAGGUGGCAUGAGUUUUGGUUAAUUGAUGGCAGAUAUGGUUUGUCCAUACCUCACAACCAUCAUUGUUAUAGUAGGAAGUUGGCUGGGUUGCAUCAACACAGUAUUGAAAAGAGAUACACGUCUGCAUGUAAAGUGCACAUUUCUGAACCCAAUGGAAGUCUGACCUAGUUCCCCCCAAAUCAACAUAUACUGUGGAUUUUAUUUUAAUUUUCUGGAGCUUCAUUGAUAUUGAAUAUCAAUUGCUGCUUUGAGGAUAAUAAUCUAUUUUAGACAAGAAUUCAAAAGUUCAUGGAAGGUUUUUGUGUGAAAGCAAAAGACUGGAAAAGACUCAAAAAGUUUUUGGUGUCUUUAAUUUCCCCCAUAGAAUCAAACUUUUAUCAACUGCAGCGUCUUUGUGCAAAAUAAGGAGUUAAAACAUGAAGCUGAGCCAAACCAGGGUGUUAUUUUCACUCACUCAUCAUACUAAGUAUUUUGGGUGUUUCCCUGCAUUCAUCCAUUUUCUUAGUUUAGCUGUGUGCAGGCCCUGCUGGUUCUUCACCAUCCUAGUCCAGACCCCGGCCCGGUCUGGUCCUCCCUCAUGUCUGUCAGGCCGCUCACUAGCGAUGGAAACCUGCUGCUGUCUGUGGCGACUGCUCGUCUGCACGAGGCUGAGAUAGAAAUGUGAUGAAUCAUAUCCCCGGCACAUUCAUCUCUGCCGCUCCCCGGCUAACCAGCAUAAUAAUCAAGAUUAUUAUUUAUAAUUACAGGAAGUAAUGGAUCACUCCGGACUGGACAGGGAGCUCGUUAAUUCACCCUCGGCCUGCUGGGAUAGCAGACAGGGGGAGUUAAGCGCUUCAUCUGUGUCAGGGAGAGCACAGGGCGAGGAGCUAGCCCGCUAGAUGAGAGGUUGUUGAUGUGGCUCUUUGUGAGCUCUGCAGGGUUUGUCUGAUCCCUGUUUGAGUACUGGUUAGUUAAACUGGAAAAUCCUGACCCAAAAUUAACCGCGCAGACUUUGAAGCAGGGGUGACAAAUAGCUUUUACAUCUGAGCUCUAAAUCAAGAGGUAUCAGGGAUCGACUAAGAGAUAGACGGGUUGACUCAGUGUCCUGUGGAUUCAUGUUUGUCUCCUUUCUGAGGUUUAUAAUAAAUGGCAUCACAGGUUUAAAUAAAGUCACAUUAGCAGCAUUUUGGACCCCAUUAAAAGACCAAAACCCUUAAUGAGACUUAAUAGGUUGAAUUAAGUAGGAGUCAAUGAAAGAAGUGCUUUAAACCUGUAUUCUUUAACUGGCCAGCAGGGGGCAACACAAACAGUUUAUUUAGCAAAAGGUUUCUUACUGGUUUGUUUUAUUACGUGUAUACCACGUAUGGCGGAUGGUCCAACAAAGUGAAAUCAUGAUCAGUUAACCAUUUGGUAGAAGUUUUGGCGUUGUGGGCAGGUGCUAAUGCUGCACUCCAGUUAUACUCGGAAGUCAGAAUUUCCGAACUCCAAGUCGGAAAUCCAUCUGGAACGCCCCCCUGAAGUCGGAUUUCUGACUCAGAAAGUCGGACUAUCCUCACCAACCCCAACUUAACGACAAUGUUACACCCGAGUUGACGACGUUCCAGUAAACAAGUCGGAAAACCAAGAUGGACACCUACUGUUAGCCUCUAACAACAACUGACAAAGGCUAACGAAGGCUGACAAUUGUUAACAACUAACAACAACAAACAGUGGGCAUCCAUCUUGGUUUUCCAAUUUGUUUACUGGAGCGUUGUUAACUCGGGUUGUAACAUCAUUCCCUGCUCUGACAUCCGACUUCCAAGGUAACUGGAAACGCAGCAUAAGUCCCUCUAGAAAUCUGCAUGUUCAUAAAGUUUGUCAGCAGAUGGAAACAAAUCCUUAAAAUCUCCUGGUAAAUUCAAAGGUUGUGUUGACUCUGGACUUGAAUGACUUUUCAUCCUUAAUGAUCACAGACUGUGGAAACUCCAUCGUGGUCCUCAAACACCUCUAAUUCUUUACGUGUUUGCUCUACCUUCAGGAAAAGAAAAGAGGUUAAAAAGGCAGUAAGAAGGUGAAAUCUCACAUUAGUAAGAAGGUUUAAAAAAUUUCAAAGAUUUUAAGAGAUGGAUCUGAUGCUCUGCGCCUCUGGCAGGUCGUCCCAAAGUCAAGCGACCCUGAUUAAACAAAAACACGGUCUCAGUUUUGAUGCUCGGCUCUUCUACAGAAAAAUAACUCGUAUUUAUCAGCCACAGUUUUGCUCUGGCUGAAAGUUCAUGGUUUGAAAGAGCCUGUCCACAGCUGCUUAUUUUGUAUCAAACAAAUUUUCUGCCUUCCAAUAUGCAAAUUACCAAACUGAAUGUGUAUUAAUUUCCAAAAAGUGGAACUAAUUACUCUUUUUUUUAUGUUUCUUUCGCAAAAAACUCAAGUGUCCAUCAGUGUUGGGAAAUUGCUCACCCUUUAAAAAGUGAAACUAAUAUUUGCAGCCUUUUUUUCAGAGCUGAGUGUCGUAAACACUGUAGGAAAGUGUAACUAAUAUUUUGUUAGUAAGGAAAAAUGAUGAUUUUUACUAUUUAAUAACGCACAUCAGAGACUCACCUUAAAGGGAACUUUUCUGUGAUUUAUUUUCUUUAAAACACUUUUUUUUUUGGUGACUUUAUCACUGCUCUGUGUUAUAAUUAGAUAUUAUAAUUAAAAGAAGAUGAAAUCUGGGCCCAGGUAAAGAAUUGGAGAGCGGUCACACUUUGCUGCACUUGUGUGUGUCUCUGCGCCGAAACAAGAAAAAGUAUAAAAUCCACCAGAUGACUGGCGUGGCUUGGAAGUGCUGUGAACACUCGAUAAAGCGUCUGAGGGAUAUGUCUUGAAAGUGAAUUCCUGUGAAGCAUCCUGCAGUCUCCAAACACCGACCGUUUGUUUUGACAUCUCUCAUUCAGAUCACAACAAUAGAGGGCACUCAUCCUCUGCUCGUGUUUGUCAAUCCGAAGAGCGGGGGGAAACAGGGCGAGAGGUAAGUACACAAUCUGUCUCAACAUGCUACAAGAGGCCUCUGAAAGCCCCCAUCCUCGGCUCCUCAGCCCGCAGAGGAUGGGGGCUGCAGCCGCCACCGCCGCCGCCGGGCCUCUGGCUGCCGAGAGCUGCAGGCUUACACAGUCGAAUAAAAACACAAUAACAUUAACCUAAAGCACGAGCAGAUCACACACACACACUCUUAAACACACACCCUCUCCUCUGGUGGCUGUCACGGCGGCUCUGGCUGGUCCCCCGUCUUUAACCCUGGGCUAAUUGGCUUAUUACUGAAACAUAUUCAUUCACUCCUUAUUACGCCGGCCCUCAUUUGUUUAAAUUAUGAGAUCAAAAUACGACUUCAGCCAGUUGAUAUAAUGAAAUUGAAAUUAAAAUGAAUUAGUCUUUCUAAUGGUUUCUCCUCAGGGGGACUUUGGGCAUGUCCCACCCCGCUGCCCAGUCCACUGCCACGUCACGCUUUGAUUGGACGCUGCUCUGCGUCGACACAAAUCCCUUCAUUUCAGGCCUCUUCUGUGAUAUUCAAAUGACGUGUGACUUUUUCCUUUUUGUUAUUCCUGAUGUUUUCUUUCUGGGUUUCCACUCCUGCAGGAUUUACAGAAAGUUCCAGUAUCUCCUGAACCCCCGACAAGUCUAUAACCUGGCCAAGAAUGGACCCAUGCCCGGGUAUGUAGGUCGUAAACAAGCAUCAUGACUUCACAGCUUAAAAACAGUCAUCUAGUUUAAUGAAAUAGAUUAAAUUUAGGCAGAUUUUCCUCUAACUUAAUCGUUCUUUCUUUUUCUUCAAGCUUGUUUAGGGUCUAAGUCAGGAGUCCUCAAAGUGGAGGGGUGCUAGAAACUAGGACUAACAAGUUGUGGGACGCCUUUGAAAACAAAAUCACAUUUUAAUUGUUUAAAAUUUAUAUUUCUAUCCAUUAUUUUAGACGUGUUUACAAAAACUGUAAUUAAAUAUGAGCUUAACGAGUUUAAAUAAACAUGAAUAAUAAAUUAAAGCUACUGUAAGGAAUUUUUGAUUGGUUAUAAAUAACAAUCAAAAAUGUGCAUGUUCAGUUACUUUGUGCAUACAUGAGGAAAAUUAGGCUGCAAAACUAAAGUUUUUUAAAAUUUCAAUUAAAAGAUUUUAAAUUCUUCAAUAUUUAAGUUUUAACAAAGCGUGACUAAAAGAAUCGAAUCAGACUGUGUUUGCAGGUGAUCUCGUGUUCACAAAGUUUGUAGUUGCUCGUAUUUAAUGACCAGAAUCACAUGCAAAGAGUCGCCUGUGGUAUUAGAGCCCCUCACUCACUUCCCUCACACAGACAGACACACAAAUGAGGUGAGUCCUCACAUAACCGACCCUGCAGACGACACAAUCAUGCUGUCAUGACGGCUCCAUAUGCAUAAGACUGAAUGUGACACACAGAUAGAGAGGGGCGAGAUUGUCGCCAUACCACAUGUGAUCACGCAUACAGACGAGGGGCUCACGGUGGGCGAGUGGGCGCAGCCGGCGUCUCCAUUCUUAUGGUCCACAUCUGUGAUUAAGAAAAUGAAUGGAUCAUUGACAUGCACGAGGCGCUGAAACAUACAGGGAUGCCUCAGCACCGUGCUGCCUCGUUGUUUGGCUUUGAUUAGAACUGAAAACGGCGUCUUUGUGGCUUAUAAAAAAUAAAUACACAGCGGCACACGCAGGGUACAAAAACGCCACCGCUCACAGAUUGUGCCGACGCAGCUCCAAGUUUUCAGGGGCUGACCUUCCGUUCGGUGUUUUUAUUUUCUCUCCUCUGGCUCGUUCCGCACGUGGCCUCAAACUUCAUCUGGAGCUCCUCCCCACAGCUGAGAACUUUCCAGAUCACCUUCCCGCAGUAACCUUGUUAUUAUUUUGUCAAGCACACACACACAAACACACAAACACACACACACACACGGCCGCGCACAUUAGCGAGCUGACCGGUCACCGUCGGACACUGCAGACCGAGGCAGCCGCACGCACUGCUGUCAAUUAGCUGCCUCUCUAAUGCAAUCACAGCAAAUUAAGUGUUUGUUUCUUGGUAUUUAAACAUCCCCAAAGCUGCCUUUCAUGUUGGCCGCCGUCUGUUUUGCGUCUAAUAGGGUUUGAGGUCCCAGUUGGAGAGUAAUUGAGCGAAUCAUUUACCCGCCAUACGAGGCCGAGAGGCUGGCUCAUUCAGUUAGGGCUCUGUUAUUGUGAAGGAACGGAAGAAGUUGGACUGAACAUUGCCUGUCAUGAUCCAAUUAGCCGUCCAACAGGCCGGCUCGCUGGCUGAUGAAUAAUUGUCAGUGUGACAUGUGUUAUUUUGUUGGAUUAGAGGAGGUUUGCAGUGAAGUUGUGGCGACCAGCUCAGAAGGAUGCGUUCGACACUUUCUCAGCUUGUACAGAAAUGCUGGAAAAAUCAGAGUGACUCAAUCAAACAUCAUUUGAACCCACUUCUACAAGGCUUUCUGAAUGUUUACAAGCAUUUAUAACAGCUUAAAGGUUCGGUGUAUCAUACGUUAUACUCUAAUACUUUUAAAUUGAGGGUUUAGUAACACAUAACUCUUACAACUUUACUCAAGUCAUGAUGUGAGUGUUCAAAAGAUCAAAAGAUGUCCUCAAAAUUAAGAAUCAUAGAAGUUAAAACUUUUUGCCUGCAGCUCUUUUGUGCAGCCCACCUCUUAUAAUAGACAACAGCGUCUUCCUGGAGGAUGCCCCUCUGAGGGGUCACAUCAGAGAGCUCAGGUUGUUUGUAACUAUCAGCCAAAUUUGAAGGAUGUGAACCUGAGAGACUGCAGAUCAUGUAGAUCUGAAAGGUUACCGCUCUGUGAUGCUAAUUCGGGGGCGACAGUGAAUGGGCAGACCGCACCAUCAGAGUGAUCUCGAUCCAAUAAAAUAUUUGAUAAUGAAAUAAUCCAAUCAUGAUGUGCGUGUACAUGCACUGAGCUUUAUUUAGAUUAUUCAGAUUUGGACAUGUGCAGACUUGUCUAAUUUCGUUAAAACAACUGCAGAAAGAGAGUUGUAUUUACGCCUGAGCUGUUGACAAACCAACAAACGCAGUAGUGGCUCACUUCAUCCAGUUUAGGAUUUUUCCUUCCACUCAGAAUGGACCUGAGCCCGGUUCUGCGAGCAGUUGUAUUUCUCCUGGCAUACAUGAUCCUGCGUUACAUGAGGAGACUGUAUCCAGCGAGAAAGUUGUGUCAGACACAGACCAACUGCUCUUGGAUCCUAACAUGUUUACAUCUUGUCACUAACAGCCGAAAUACGUUGCGUUGACGUAGGGCACACAAGCGCUGUCAGGUUAGUUUUGCCUCAACAGAAAGUCACAAUCGGAAUAAGUGUCAUGGACAUGUUUCGGAAUAACUAUCAACAUAAACCACCCCUCUCGAUCGGAAUAUAAUUUCUUUCCAACUGAGCUGAAUCGGAUCAGAAUCUUCCGAUCGACGUGUUUACAUGACGCAUUUUUAUUCAGAUUAUUUGUGUCCAUGUAAAAGCAGCUCCUGCGGUCAGCUAAAUCCUGGUUCCUCUAACGCAGAUAUAAUGUUAUCCUCUGAUUAAGAUGCCAGUAAACCCUCAUCUCUUGGUUUAUUGAAAAACAACUUGCUGUGUCUCAGUGAUGUUUUUUUUUUCUUUGCAGGCUGAACUUCUUCAGAGACGUUCCUGAUUUCAGAGUUCUGGCCUGUGGAGGAGACGGCACCGUGGGCUGGAUCCUGGACUUCAUAGGUGAACUUUGACACUGAGAAUUUAGUCCCUGAAGGGCUUCCAUAGAAAUGAUAAAUCGGCACAUUUAAACACCAGGGGUCCGUUUCACGUAGGUGGUUCAACAAACUCUGAGUUAAAUCCUUAACUCUGAGUUGAUCUACUCUGAGUUAGGAAACUCUGAGUUUCCGGUUUCACAACUCCUGAUUUGAGACGGUUUUAACAACUCCGAGUAGUUUGACCUGGAGUUAAGCACGUGCACGCCAGACAUAAACAGCCAGCAUCUGUGGAGCGCAGAUUCAAUGAUCAACCAAUGGAAACAGGGAGAAGGAGGGGGCAGCAGCAAGCCAACAGCGAAUUACAGCACGUUUUUUAAAGAAAGUGCAAUACAGCAGCAGCUGCAAAGGAGAGGGAGAGGGCAUGGGAGGAAAUCGCUGCUCGCGUCAAUGCGUAACUUUAAAUCUAGUCUCGUGCAAUCACAAUGACAGACUGUUGCAGGGAAAUUGCUUGAAUCACUUUGAUCAUGUUUUACAUUGUCAAGUAAGUAUUAAGUGGCAGUUUGAUCCCUUAGAAAAUGCUCUUUUCACACUCAAAAAUGAAUUUUACUCUCUUAUGAUGUUCCGUUAAAUGAUUAGGAAUAUUAAACUAACUCUCAGUAUGUAUAUGUACAUAUAUUAAACAAACACACACUACACUCAAUAUUAGACUUUCACUCAGCAAACAGAAAGAGGGCAGAUGCCAGAAAAACGGGUGGUGGCCCAGCAGCCCCACCUUUAACGGGGAUUUGCGAUCGGACCGGCCGCGAUCGUCGAACGGGGGGGGGCGGCAGCUCCUCUGCCUCCGUUAAAGGUGGGGUUGCUGGACCACCACCUGUUUUUGUGUUAGUUUAAUAUUCCUAAUCAUUUAACGGAACAUAAUAAGAGAGUAAAAUUCAGUUUUGAGUGUGAAAAGAGCAUUUUUUAAGGGAUCAAAUUGCCACUUAAUACUUACUUGACAAUGUAAAACAUGAUCAAAAUGAGAAAAUGCCGAUGUCUCACCUGAAACUCUGGGUUUACUGAGUUAAACCUGCUCCCGAGCAGGUUAGGUUCACGGAGUCUGUUACUGUGGUAACUGACCGCAAGGUUGAGUUACCUCUCUUUGUGAAACAGGUUAGAGUUACCCCUCUCUCCCUGGUUUAACUAACCCUCCUUUGUGAAACGGAAAACUCAGAGUUUUCCUGAUUUCAGGGUUAACGAACUCGGAGUUUCCACUAAACCUGCUACGUGAAACGGACCCCAGGAGAGCUGUGGUUGAUCUCCCAUCUUUGAGCACGUACAUCAUUGUUUACACGCACACUCUCCUUCAAUUGAAAGCCUGCAUCACUGUUGUUGUUGUUCAGCCUGAAAUGGUGAGGUUAUGGUUCGUAUGUAAACACUUUAAUUAUGUCCACGUCUGUGUUUUCAGCAGAGGUGAAAUAGAAUGAUUACAUCAGUUUGAAAACAACGUAAAAGUUAUUAUUUGUUGAAAAUAAAAAAAGACAAAAAAAAUCAGCUGUCCCUCUGCCCUCAGACGCCAACAUGUGUUACUUGUUCUGUCCCUCAAAAAUUGCCGCAAUUUUUUAUCAAUCAAAACAAAGAGAGGUAAUAACAGCCAGGUAAAAUGUGUUUCUCCAAAUAGACCGUAACACUCAGGAUUCAUAUUUUCAUGUACUUUUCAAAUCGGGCCGCAGAAUGGGUUUGAUGCUUUCUUCGCCAAGUGAGUUUUCUUUUCUUGUUCUGGCCGCGUUUCACGUCAUGUUGUGAUAUUUGUCCCGCUGCUCCAGAUAAAGCCAACCUGGACAGGAACCCCCCUGUGUGUAUACUUCCUCUGGGCACGGGCAACGACCUGGCAAGAUGUCUGCGCUGGGGAGGAGGUACUGACAGGAAACAGAUAUGCACCAGUGAACUACACACCCUCAUUACACCUUAUUAUUUUUAAGAUUAAGUGCAGAACGUUUACAUUUGAAACACAUGCAGCAAACAGAAAAGUACAACAAUGAUCCCAGUUUAAGGUUAAAUGUCAAUCAAAUGUGAGAAAAUAGUGAAAAUGACCAUCAGAGAGGUGAGUUCAAGGUCACAUUACUGGUCGUCUUGUUUUAUUUGACCCCUCGUCCUGUUGUAGAAGUUGCAGUUAGUGAAGUUUUCAUUAUAAAUGCAUGUAAACAGAGGGGUUCAGGGUCAGAGGUGUGCACAGUUGAUCCAGAUUUAACUCCUUUAACCUGUAAUCCAUAAAGAAACACUUCAGUUACGGCUAAUUCUGCUCAAACUCAGCAGGAACUAAUCCUAAUCUUAACCUACUGAGAGUCUAACAGACCACUCUCUCUUUCUGUUUCUGCAUCCGAGUCCAGCCAAAGAUUUUAUUCAAACACAUAACAUCUGAAAAAACCCACGUAUUACUUUAAAUGUUUGAUAAUAAUUUAAUUUAAAUGUCAGGUUACGAAGGAGAGAGCCUCCUGAAGAUCAUGCGGGACAUCGAGAACAGCUGCGAGGUGAUGCUGGACCGCUGGAAGAUCGACGUCACGCCGACAGACAAGGAGGAGCGAGGCGACCCGGUGCCGUACAGCAUCGUCAACAACUACUUCUCCAUCGGCGUGGUGAGUGACGCUUCAGUCGUUAACUUACAGGAGGAGUGACAAAGAGAGUCUCAAGAGCGAUCACGCCCUCGUUUUUACUCGGGUCCAAGAGUCCUGCUGGAUGAAACAGCGAUGUCUUUAUGUUUGAUUUUCAAAGAGUAAGUGAGUAAGUGUGUAAAUAAAUUAAAGAUAAAUUUGAUGCACUCAGAUACACUAGGAGUCUACGGAGGAUUAGGGUCACUGGAAAAAACAAAAAAAAAAUCUGAUAUGAUUUUUGUAAUAAUUAUUCUGAGAAAAAAGUCACAAUUCUAAUAAAACAAAGUCAGAAUUCUGAGAUUAAAGUGAGAAAUGAGCUCCUGGAAUUUGUUGUUCUCUCUCUGAAAGCCUUUGAAUGAACCAUACCAUACCUGCCAACAUUUAGGUUAUAAAAUUCGGCAUAUUUUUGCGGCAUGGCCGGGCAGUUUUGAGGUUACCUUGUUUGGAGGAUAUGAGCUAAUUAUGAGGGUAUUUGUAAUCAAAUUGCUCAUCCAAAUAAGUCUAAGUGAAGCUGCACACUUUUUUCUUUUGUUUUAGCAAUAAAAAAAGAUGAUAAUAAAUAAAUAAGAGCUAUGAUAUGCCUUGAACUUAUUUAGUCCACUUAUAUUAGUGUUAAAGUCCUCACAUGUUUAGGCUCUCUGAACAUCUGUACGUGAAAUACAGCAUUCUUUUAUCUGAGGCUGCCCUGAACGCAUCACUCCGAGACAAUGCAAGACUAUCAACGUAAAAUAUUAUAUCUCACAUUUGUUUCCCUUUCAUUGAAGUGUUCAUUUUGACACAAACACUGUUUAAAUAUAGUUUACAGUUUAAACCAACCUGAAUCAUCCCAAACUGUAAAGUAACAGUAUUAAUCCAAUGUCUGUGAGGCUCAACAGAAACACAGGACAAUCUUCGGUUGUCUGGAAACCUGGACACUCUUGACAAAUAUAUUAAUCUGAUUCAUGAAUGAACGUGGACCAUCAAACUACAGGAGAAAUGAGAAUAUGGGAAGUGGGCGGGAGAUAGAUCUAAAUACAGGAGAGUCCCGGGAAAAACUGGAGUGUUGGCAGGUAUGGUUUAAAAUCAGAAUUCAGACUUUUUUCUUAGAAUAACUAUUCAAAAAUUAUAUUGGACCUUUUUUUUAAUUCCCAGUGGCCCUAAUCCUCUUCCGUAGGCGUUAACCUCACAGUUGUGAAUUUUUUCAAGUAUUUCCCUCAGGAUCAAUAAAAAAAAUGAGAAACUAAGACUCUUUGAACCAAAACCUCUGAGUACUGCACCUGCUCCAGUUAUAAAGACUAAAAAUUCCUUUAUUUGUUUAGCAAACGUGUCUGUAAAAUCAUUUCUUACAAGAAUAAAGUCAUAAAGUAGAUAAAGUCUCAAAGCUGCUUUUGUGGAGGAUGAAAUGUCUGAACUGGUCAACUGCAGAGUUAUCUGUGGGUGCAUCAGUGAGCCAUUCAGAGGGAUUUUGUGGUUUCUUAAGGAACAAUCCAACUGAUGAUCAACAUUUGUGAUUCAGAGAGCGUCGAGCUCCGACGAGCACCGCGUCUGCCUCUGAUGCCGGCACAACACCGGCAUCAACCUCCACCUGCAGAGGCACCAACACCUUGUCUGUAAAGAGUGUUUUAAUACACAAACUUCGAACAAAGACAAAAGCUUCAGUCGACCUUCACACUGAAAUUUAAAUUAUUUUCAUCAAUAAUUCUCAAAAAAACAUAAACGGACUCACAGCAGCGGUCUAAUCAGUCCAUUCAUCUGUGCCGAUCACAGCCUGCUUAGGCCUUUAUUGAGCUGUGAUCAAGCCUGAAGCGUGUCUGAUUGAUAAACAGGCCUUGUUGUGUAUUUUCACGGUGUUAAGCAGCCUUCAGCACCCCCCUCUGUCCAUCUCCACUAUAAUGACACUGAUUUCACGUAGCUCAUGUUAGCCAUUACUGAUAAAUGUCAGGGGGAAAUAUGGUAAUUGACAUUUGCAGGAGGUAGAGGAGGGAGCCUCUGGAUGUUGUGAGUUUUUGUACGGACUGGAACGGAGAGGUAAGUGAUGCAUGGCCUCACAAAUGUUAGUUGAAUAACACCUCCAGCCCGGGCCCCUAAUGACCAUGUUAGAGGAUAUUAGAGGACAGGUCUUGUUAACAUUGUGACAGAGGAGAACGAUGGCUGUCAUCUGUCUGCGGGGAUGGACAUAUGCUGAUGUGGACAGGGAGGAGGGGGUCGUUGUGGACGGUAAUAGUCUCUGACAGGCUGCUGCUGCUGUUGGGAGUAAGUCCGUGAAGUGAAGGAGUAACUCCGAAGUCCUGAAGACGGUUUUUACAGUAAGAUACCGUUAAAAACAGAGCUGAGACAUCUCACCACACUAAGGUUUGCAGCAAUUGAACUCUAAAAGUAGAUAUUGGUUCAUUCCUCCUAUUCUGAUUGGAAAUUGAAAAAAAUUGGUGACUAUUGCGCAGUAUUUUACCGUAAAACACCGUAUCUGUGACUCAUGAGCUUCAGAUAUUCAAGUCUUAUCACAGACUGUGAAAAAAGAGGGUGUUUUGUCAAAAUAACUUGGAAGAAUUAAGAUAGAAAACUGAGGUUUCUAUGAAAGAGGGUUAGGGCCACAAGAAGAGAAAAAAAUAAUCACAGGAGGGGUUUUUAAAUUUUUUAAAUUUCCAUUUUGAGGUUAAAGUCGAAAUUUUAAAAAGUUGAAAUUUCGAAUUUAUUCAUGCCGACUUUAAUCUUGAAAUUACAACUUUAAUCUCAAAAUUUUGAGUUUUUUAAUCUCAAAAUUUCAACAUUUUUCACAACAUUUCGACAUUUUGUAAUCUCCAAAUUUCAACUCUAAUCUCGAAAUUUAAAUUUUUGAUGUUGAAAUUUCAACUUUUUGACAUAAUUUUGAUUUUCUUAAUCUCAAAAUUUUGACUCUAAUCUCAUUUCUGUAAUUAUAUUUUUUUCUCUUCAUGUAUCCCUCAUCCUCUUUCAUAGGUUUCCCCUCAGUUAUUGCAGUAUUCAUGGUUAUCUAUCACCAUGAUUAGCAUCUCCUCAUCAGUAUCAUCACCAAAGACCUCUGAUAACCUCAGCCCCCUGAUUCCAGGCCGGGCUCUACUCAUAAUGAUGUUUUUUUUUUUUGCGUGUGUUUUAUUCUAUAAAUAACUGGAUAUUUCACAGAUGUUACCUUGGUAUUCAACCUCCUGUCUUGCGCUGUCUGCCCAGUUCUGAUUGAUGCACAGUGCUCUGGCAUUAAGAACCAGAUAUCAGAUCUGGAGGCCUCUGGAUUAACCUGACUGUGAAGGAGAAGAAAUGUCUAUAUAGCCUAUUUGUCUAACGCUAUACAGGAGUCAGUUUACUGAUAACACAGAUUUCAGGCCAGUGAAUUUUGAGCUUGUGACUCAAGAGUCUGUUGCAGCAGUUUGCCAUGCAGCUGAAGGAUCAAAGUGUCUUGAAAUACUACUUUUUCUUAAUUGGCGGUGUAUAAAUAAAGAUUGAUUGGUUGAUUUUUUGGGCAAAAAUCCAUAAAAGCGACCGCCACAGACUCACCAACUGGCUUCAUCGCUCCUCUUUUGAAACCAAAAUGAGACUUUACCGAGACUACAUCCAUGUUUCUUGUUUCAGUUUCAUCAUCACUAUAGCGUUUCAGGCUGACCUGCUUUCGCCGACACCGGCCUCCGUUUAUGGCAAGUCACCCCAAAGAAACAAGAAGUUGAUCCCUCCUUGUUAAAGAAAACUCGUGCAGACAUACAAACCUGACGGCUUCGUAAAGUCACUCGAACUCUCAGUGUCUUUGCUCCGUUAGCAGGAUUAGCGCCCAGCAGGCGUGAUGAUGACAAAUGAAGUUGUUUGUGGGGGGAUUAAAAGGAUUUUGAGCUCUCUACGGAUUCGAGUGUGAUAUAAUAUUUUAUGACACAUUCUUGCAUCAGACUUUUUUUUUUUUUUAGCUUCCCGUUGGCUGAAAAAAAAAAAAAAUACAAUAAAGAUUAAGAGACAAGUCAAGCUAAUAAUUACCUCAGAGAUUAUGCAGAUGAAGAGCGGAUUGUUUCUGUAAUGACACCGUCGAAAUCAAAAGAUCAGCAGUAGCCGGCGCCGCCACGGAGAGAAAGCAUCAACAGCGAUUUAAAGAGAAGUUGAGUUCCUUUAGAUUUGUAUUUAUCUGGUACUUUUUUCAAAUAACUUAAAAACAGUCAAACUUCAUCCUGAUCCAAUAACCAGGUGAUUCUGCCAGGAGAAAAGAUAUUUUUGAGCUAAAUUCCUCCACCCUAACCUUCUGCCACGGCCCUGUAGGAUCAAGAAUUAAUGUCGCCAUCCCUUUGGGAGGAUGUGGAAGUGACGUGCGGUGUAAUGAUCUCAAUCAGGGCCAGGGGUGAGAGACAGAACUAAUCACUGAGCGCGCUCCGCUACCAUAAUGCAGUCAGUCGCCCUAAUGACCCCGGCGCUCCUGUCAAAGCCAUUAUUCUCCCCUGUAGUGAAAGGCACAUCAAACCGCUGGGGCCCACUCAUAAUUGGACCAAACUUUGAGCUAUGAGAAGACAUUACACAUGUCCUGUAUUAAUUUGGGUGCCAGAGUUUUACAUUGGUAAUUAUUUGGCAGCAGCUAGGGGGAGAGAGUGACGACGUCCCGCCGCUGUGAGGGGUCAAAACUUCAACCUUUGGAUAAAAAAAGGAGGAGCUACAGGUGCAGAGUGAUACGACGGCGUGUUAAGGCCACAUUAAGAAAAAAAAUGUAGACUUCGUAAUUACUUAAAAGAAUAAAGUUGUAAUAAAAUCAUUAUUUAUGAGAAAAAAGUUGUUAUAAAAUCAUUACUUACGAGAAUAAAGUCGUAAAGUAAAUGAAGUCUCAAAGCUGCUAUUGUGGAGUUAUCUUUGGUUGCAUCAGUGGGCCAUUCAGAGGGCUUUUGUUGUUUCUUAGCGAACAAUCCAACUGAUGAUCAACAUUUACGAUUCAGAGAGAGUCGAGCUCCGACGAGCAACGCGUCUGUCUCUGACACAACACCAGCAGCAACCUCCACCUGCAGAGGUACCACCACCUUAUGGCGUAUAGAUUCAUACGAUAAACUGAAACCAUGUACUAUUGCUCUAAACGACCGCAUUGAGGGAUUCAGCCUUUGCACAGACAUUUCCAGCCAUUUCCCCCUCCUCAAAAGCAGUGAUUCCCUAAAAGUCUGCCUGGUUCUCUCUGUGGAAAAGAUGCAUUUCUUGCAUUUAUGUCCUGAUACUUCUGCCAACGUGACGCUGAAACGCCAGAGAAUUUAGUAUCUCCUUGUUUGUGAAACUUAACUACUGAAGUUAAAUUCAUCUAAAUGCUCCACAGCGCUCAUUUAAACAACUAACAACAGGUUAGAAUAUUAACUAUUAGCAACGACUUUAUUGUCAUAAGUAAUGAGUUUAUUACAACUUUAUUCUCGUAAUAACGACUUUUUUCUUGUAAGUAAUGAUUUUUGAUUUUUCUUAAUUGCAAGGUUUAAGUUCCAUCUUUAUUUUUAGAACUGCAUUUUUGCACUUUGUGUCGCUGCUGUGGCAAAAAAUUUUCCCCCAUGGGGGAUCAAUAAAGGAAUAUUCUAUUCUAUUGUAUUUAAUUAUGACUUUAUUCUCAUUAGUAAUGAUUUUAUUACGACUUUAUUCUUGUAAGUCAUGAUUUUAUUAUUUUAUUCUCAUAAGUAAUUGCUUAAUUGCGACUUUAUUCUAAUAAGUGAUGAUUUUAUUACGCCCCUUCUUGUAAAUAAUGAUUUUAUUACGACUUUAUUCUCAUGAGUAAUUAUUUGAUCAAGACUUUAUUCUCGUAAAUAAUGAUGUUAUAUAAUGAUGUCUUUAUUGUCAUAAGUAAUGACUUUGUUAUGAUUUUAUUCUUGUAAGAAAUGAUUUUAUUCCGACUUUAUUCUCUUAAGUAAUUAUGAAGUCUUCAAUUUUUUUUCAUAAUGUGGCCUUAAUAAUACUUAAUGUUGAAUUUUUUCAUAUUUUUUAUCCUAUUCCUUAUUUUCCCAUCAUCAAAAACAAUCAUGAGUCUUUUUAUUGUGUUUUUGAUGUUGCUAUCAGCUUCUUUCAGCCUCUCUAUUGAUGCCCGCUGCUCGGCCGCAGAGUGACAAACUGCUGUAUCCACUCCCAGCUGCUUGAAAUCACUGUUUACUGUUGCAAAGCUGCAGCUGCACUUGUACAGAGCUCAGAUAAUAGAGCUCAAACCAAAGGGGAGACAACCUCUGCUCCUCCUGCUCUCUUGUUUGCAGCUAUUGUCCUGUUUGUAAGAAAAUCAAGUUACACUCUCUCAGAUACAUCCAUCAUCUCGCCUCUCUGACUCGCGUUGGAAGCGUGAGGUGAGUCUGCGGGGAUCGUGCAGGAUUCUUUUGGUCUUCUGCUAACAGCGUCUUGAAGAGACAUCAAGAGAAGCUCCAUUGAUUUUUUUUUUCACUCUUUUUUGGCUUUCUCCUAAAUGUCUGUACAGAGAGCUAGCAGGGGGUCCUCCCUCUACGUGCAGUUUCAGUAGUGCCACUCAAAAAAACCUGAGCGGGUCAAAACAGAUUGCUUCAGUGGAAGCGGGGGGAAGAGGAACAAGCCCAAAAAGUUUACAGCAACUUUGUCUCACUCUUCUCUGAGAUGUUCGGACGAGUUUGCCGAGUUUGUUCGAGUUGGGUCUGUUCUGUUUUUUUCCCUCCACUAAGGCCCUGCCAGAGUUUUCCUGCUGACUCUGACUUAGAAGUGUAAAUUAAAGGAAAUUUCAGCGCUGUUAAUCUGCGUAGUUGAUUACUUUAGACUUUGCAAUCUGUUGACAAGGUCCUCUGCAUACUUUAUGACAACUUUAUGACGACUUUGUAAAUAUGCAUUUAAUGUGAAUCAUUAAACACCUUGUUUGAGGGGAUUAAUAGAGGGAGUAUCUUCCUACUUAGGCAGCAGUUUGGUGUUCGUCCAGAACAAUUUCAGAGCCAAUAUGACGACUUUCCAACUGGAAUAAAGUUUACCAUAAAAUACUCAAUCAUAUUAUCGCAUAUAUAUAGAAAACUAAGUGUUUAAUAGGCUCGAAAUGAGACGUUGCUCGCACACUCACACAGGUCCCAGCAAGGUGGAACACUUUUACUUUUAGGUUUUUAUCUUAUUUACUGUCAACUAUUUAUUUGUUGUCAUAGAUAUUUAUUUUGAUGAUACCUCUAGUGUGUCCUGUUAUAUCUGUUGCUGCUGUGACAAUAUGAAUUUGCCCUUUGGGGGAUCAAUAAAGUUUUAUUCUAUUCUAUUCUUUUCUAUUCUAUUUAAUAAAGGAGACUUACUGUACUCAUUUUAAACAGUUUAGAUCAGUUGGCAUAGCAGGCACUUUGUUCACAAAGUAUAAUCUUUGUAACUCUGGUUCCUGUUUUCAAACAACAAAAUAAAAAAACACUAAAGAUUGAGUCUUAAAAACUUAAAUUCAAUGAAGUUAUCACAAAACAGAGUGAAUAAACGAAGACCUGUUCUUUGUUCUUUACAUCUUCUUCUUUAAUCAGAUUUUUCAUAGUUUACUCCUGACUGUCGAGACCUGCAGGUUUGCAUCACUUUGACGUUACUGUCUCGCAAAAAUAGACAAAAUACCCAAUUUGUUUAUUUACUCUCAACAUUUUUGAUCUUUAUAAUUUUAAAUUUGGAUGAAUUUUCAUGAUUUCUGAGAAAGUCAAGACUUUAUAGUUAAACGAAAGCAGCAGAAGCUCUUCAUGCAAAAGCAUAUUCAGUAGAGAAGGGUUGCAUUUUGUUGCAUUUUGGCUGUUCCCUAACACAGGAAUGGUGUUUUAGGAGUUUUCAGAGCGUUUUCAAAAAUGCCACUGAUUCUCUUGUUUGGUUAACUUGCUAUAAGUGUAUCCUGCAUAAAUGCACAUGCCAGUUUCAUGCACAUAUUUACAAAUAGUUCGUAUUCCCUGUUUUGUUGAGGAUCUCCAUUUUCCACCGGUGUAUGGUGUUCUUUGGUGGUGUUCCUCUACAUAAGUAUACUGCCAACUACUGGCCUAGCGCUCAAACUUUGACAUUUCUGAGUCGAUUGCAGGUUCAUUUACAAAUUGAUCAUUUAAACAUUUAAUUUUGUUGUUGUUGUUGUUGCUGGAGCCCCCUGGUGGAGGCUGAUAAUAUCCCAGGCUGCUAUAAAUUCAGACGGCGGUUAGACAGGAAGUCGUAUUUUUUCGUCUUGUUUUUGUGAGCGUAAAGCCUUUUUUUAUGGUUUCACUGGUAGCCACCAUUGUUCCAAGUCCAUCUCUUAGUCUAAAGUUACUCACUCUACAUUCUCGUGGAUUUAACCGUAAAUCAGCCAAACCAUCCUCAAGAUUUGGAGACAUUAGAUUUGUUUUAAAGUCUGUCUCAGUGAACUCUGAGUUUAUGUUUCUGUGUUAAUUGCUCGACUGUAAUAAUGAAAGUCUCGACAGCUGUCAAUACCAGAGAUGGUGUUGAUAAACUGUUGAGGCGUCACUGUCAGUCACACCAUGAACAUAUGUAACACAAACCAAUUCACGUUCACUCCAACAAGGCUGCACUUGUUGUCUCGGGUCGAUGUAUAAAGAAGGAGAAAGAGAGGGAAGAGAUGGAGGAAGGGAGAGGGGGAAACUUCAUGGUUUGCCCGGGUGUCGGCAGCUUCCUGUAGGUUAGCAGCGAGCUGUGAUUACUCACAAUGUGUGUUUAAUUAAUUAGCCGGUGUGGAGACGGCGUGCUGUUCAUCAGAGCUUCUGUCAAUAAGUCUCCAUCCCGGGAUCAACCCCGCUGCCACCUCCUGUACGCUGCUGCUGCUGCUGCUGCUUUCACCUUAUACAAACAUACUCAAGGGACAUCAAGGUGUAACUGAGCUGUAAGAGAAGUUUAGGAAGUUGGCUAAUGAGGGAGAGGUUGGAUCGGAUGUACAAGGUGAUUCUGUCAUCAGAGUUCAUCAGGAGUCCUCGAUCAACUAUGAGUAAAGAGAGAGGACCCAGAACAAAAAUAAGACCCUCUCCAAAUCCUGAACUUGAGGCCUGAGUUUCAGACUCUGGACAUGUUGACCGGGUUAACAUCGUCAUAGAAAGAGUCCCAUGAAGUGACAUUAUACAGGUAAUUUUCAUUAAAUCAGUGGUGCACCCAAAGUAAUAGACUGUCAAAUAAAGUUUUUAAAAAAUAAGCAGAAGCUUCAAAGUAUGGAUAAAUUUUUUAUUUUUGUGCAAAAUAUUUUCUCGCAACCCUCGUGGCGAAGCGCAUCAAAUCAAGUCAGAAUGAAGUACCUUUGACUGUCUGCAGCUUGAAACAAGUCUGUCAACUCCAGCUGCUGCUGCUGCUGCCGUCCUCCUCUUGACCCAAAGCAGCCGGGGAAACACAGCCAGACUUUAGAGGAAGUCCUGUUAGUUAAAAACCAUAAACCAGAGUUAAAAUCAACAGGAUUGAAGAGAGUUAACCAUCUAACCGAGGUGACAUACAGUUACAUUGUGAGGUGUUCAAGGUCGGGUGGGUAAAGCAAGAUGUCGUGUACAGAAAAAAAGAAAACCAGUAUAAAUGUGAUUGUUUGGUGGAAAACAAUAACAAAAGAGACCUAAUAGCAGCUUGGAUAAGGACUCAACUCAUUAAGGAGUCUUAGUAAUAACAAUCAAACAUGACUUCUGUCAUUAAAGGUACCGUAUUUACCCUAAUAUAAGACUUUUUUCCUCAAAAAACAUCUGAAACAAAAGAGAAAGGUCUUAUAUUCAGGGUUAAGUAAUUAAAUGUUGUAUAGGACAGAAUUUUGUUGUGUUUAAAAUAUCAUCUCAUAAAAUGAAACAGUGUGAGGGAGGGAAAUACUGUAAAAUCCACUCCGCUCCGUGAGGUUGCUGGCUUUCCGGUGAUGAACUCUGUUUGCUUCUAUGACAUCCAGAGAAUUUCCUAUUCUGCAGAGGAGUUCAGUCCAAGUUCCAAAAUGUCUGAAUGUUAUCUCUCAGGUCUUUUUUGGGCUUCACAGAAGACAGAAAACUAGUAAAUGGUAUCACAGGAAAAGCACACAAACACAUGUGGUAAAGGGGAAAGUAUAUUUUUAAAGAUGCAAAAUCAACUCUGAUGAGUUGGAGUCAUUUGGACUGUUUUUACCCUUUAUACCCUGAAUAAGAUGAAAUAACCCAGAAGUUUAAUUGUACUGUUAAUUUUGUCUUUCAGGAUGCCUCUAUUGCACAUCGUUUCCAUGUCAUGAGGGAAAAACAUCCAGAGAAGUUCAACAGCAGGUGAGUUUGUUUGUUUUUCUGUCGGCCGGGUCUGUCGGGGUCCAUAAAACCAUAAAAUCAUGUAGUAUUGUCACAAAAGGUUCCUCUAGUUCAGCUUAAUUCAGGCCAUUAAUACUACACGUAACAGAAGAGUGAAAAGGACAGAGGUUUUUACAACCAAAUAAGCAAUCUCAGGCUCCCAGAUAGACGUACCUUUCUACUUUUCAAACCAGUUCUUUUCUAAAAGCUAAACCCAUCACUCCCAGUCUAAAUGAACCUCCAGUACAUAAACAGAAGCCCCCUGCGUGUCCCCUGUCUGACAGCAGACCCUGUAUCCUCUCUGUGUAUCUCCCUGACGGAUGACCAACCGUCAUAUUUAGCAUUUGUGAUGAUGUUGCGGGGAUGCGUUCACCUUUCCUGAUGAACAAACGUGGCAUCUUUGUUUCCAUCAAUAUUUAACGUCUCCAAUACGUCUCCACUAGCGCCGGGGAGUAAUUGCAGGCCUAAUUGAAUUUUGCUUGGCUAGUUUGACAUCAUGGAUCAGUCAGACUGAUGACACAGGGCCUCCUAAUAAUCCCAUUUGUACUCAUUAUCAUAUUUUACCCGAUCUUAGUACAACAUUUAGCCAACUAUCAGUCUGCUGGUUGUUUCUGGGACAUGCAGAUAUAGAGGAGAAACCAUCCACAGUGGGUUUGUUGUUGUUGUUGAGUUUUUAACAGUAGAUGUGAAACAUACAGGAUGAAUCACAGACUGUUUAGUGAGAAAACCUGAUUUUCUGAUUGAACUGAAGUAGGUUUCGACGUCACGGACAUGUAAUCAGUCCUGAUGCUGUGAGCACUUCCUGUUUGUCACUUCUCCUGCAUCUGUUGUUUUACCCCGUUUUAAUCCUUUUAUGAAAAAUGAUUGAGAUAUUUUAAGAAGAUUAUUCUGUCUGUUAUUUGAAUCCCUUAAUAAUUCAGGAGGGGGAAUGGGUUUAGGAUCUCUCUAUUACACACUAUCCUUGCCGGUUCAAUAAUGCAUGAUUAUAGUUUUUCAAGGUAGCAGAGAUUUUGUUGGAUUUGUCCAAAGGGCUCGUGUCCAUUGGAAGUAUAUUGCGACUUAUCACAGAGUCAUUUUCCUGCAGCUCCAGGCUCUUCAGCCACAAUGGAGGCAAAGUGCAGCAUGUCUGGAGGGCUGACGAAUUUAUUUCACUCUUAUCAAGUCUGCAAUAAGUAUGAUUUUUGUCAAGAAUGAGUGAAAUUAUUAAUGAAGAAAUGGAGUGUUUUUGAUGAGUUUUUAACAAGCUUUAAUCAGCCUGAAACCCGCUGAAUACAUGAACUCUGGAAAUUUGAGCUCAAUAAAAAGUGGUUCAAACUUUUACAUGUGGGAAGAAAUGAGCCUUAAAGUGCAGAUACUUAAAAAUAAUAAGAUUUAAAGCAAAGUUCUUCAUUCACUUGCUUCUAAAAAGAAGCAGCACAUCAGUUGUCCUCUGUAAGUAUUCAGUAUUUUCAAAAUUAGCUUGAUGUCUUCCAAGUGACCGAUCUGCAAACCCGCAAAGUAAAGCGCCAAAGAAAAAUUGCGAAACUUUUACAGUAUGUGACACAAAGACAUGAGUGUCUCCCAGUGUCCCUGAUCCGAACUCUGAUAGUACUGGGACAUGUUUUCAUGGCCUGAAUGAGAGGUUCUGAUUGGAUUUUCAGGGACCUAAAUCAGUAAUAAAGAACAUUUUUGUUCUCCAUCUUUCCUCCCGAUUCCUCCUGUUGUUGAUUCAGAACUACAGAAGUGAAAGCCACAUGUUUUUUUACUAACUUUUUGACCACCUGCAAACUAGAGAAACCAUAUAAACAAUGAGGUUUACUUACAGCUCCUGUGAGGGACUUCCAGUUGUCCUUGUCUACUAACACAAAAUCUCAUUCAGCUGACUUUUGACAGUCAAGCUUUUCAUUUAUUGUAGAUAUUUUAUGCAGAAAAUGUAAAAACAGGGUUUUUCUUCAAGCUCUCAGCUGCCGUCCUACACCUACCCUGUCAUGAUCAAUUCAGGCCUCCAAAAUGACUUUUCAAAGAUCAUCAGUCUUGUCCCUGAUAGUCUUUCUUGCUUUUGUAUAUCAUAAAAAAGUAUCUAUAUAAAUUCCAGCCUAUUUCAUCAAAUAACUUCUCACAUGAUCUUUAAAAAUAUCAAAGCUAUAAUGUUGAAAAAUGGGUUAGUUUAGAAUUAUUUAGCCGUCAGGGUCUAUAUUGAAAUGCUCCCUUGCUCACCCCUCCUGUCGAUGAAACAAUGGUGGCCUCCAGGGACAAGAAGCUCCUGUAACAACCCCCUUCUUUUUUUCUCAUACUCUCAUUCCUGCUCAGUACAAAGUUGUGUUUGUUACUUGUUUGUCUUUUCUGUGCGUCUUUGUUGUUAUCUCAGAGGUUUGUUGUUCUCAUUCCUCCCACUGUGGUCUGAACGCGUCCAGUUAUAUAUUUAUUUAAAGAUUACCUCCGUCAUCUGGUUGAUCUCCACUCAUAUGGAAGUAAAUAACAUACAAAUAAACUUAACAUACAAACAUACAAAUAAAUAAACCUCAACUAUCGUAGAACGUAAUAAAACAUGAAAAAUAAGAUAAAAUACAGAAAAUAUCAAAUUAAUGAACUUAAAGUUAAUUAUAAAAUGUCAUAUAAUACUGUAAAAUAUGUUAUAAAGUGAUAUUAGUCUUUACGGAAUGUUAUGACAUUUAAUCUUAUAUAACACAAUAUUAUAAACUAUAAUAAGAUAUCAAGUAUAAUAUGCCAUAACAUUAUAUUGAAUAAUACAAUUCAAUAUCAUAAAAUAUUAUAUAAUCUGCAAUAAUACAAUACAAUACAAAAAUAAAGCAAAUCUCAACGUUUUGGGGUAAAUGUCAGUUUGUCAGUAGAUUUUUGUAACUUUUAGGUUAAAAAACAGAAAAUAUGAAUUAUAUAUAUUUCAGUCUUUGCUUUUAAAUCCUUAUGUUAUUGAAUAUAAAUGCACUGCUUUCAAGGCUGUAGUGCAUUUCCACAUCUAUUAAAAGAUGUGUUUGAAAUUAUACAAGGAUUUAACUUUUUGAAACAACUGUAAAGAGAGCAGGUAUAUUUUUGUGGCACUGCUUUCAAAGUUAGAACAAAACAGGCUAAAAAACCUGCUGUAAAUCUGUACGUUUUAUUUGUAUGUUCAAAUAUGCCUGGAUGUCUUUGCUCUUUGUCAGGUUUCAAAGUCAAAUCAAAGACGAAUCCGGACGUAAAUUUUCUUCGAAAGCAGGAAAAAAGUCAGAUUUUGAAUCAUUAGGUUUUAAUGUGACAGCAGUAACGACUCCACACUUCCUAUAUGAACUAAAUCUUUACAUUUAGUCGCUGCUCUGACCUUAAAGAAAAUGAAUAUUUCAUUAGCUUUAAUUACAAUCUAAAUAGCAUCAUGUAGCUUUUCUUCUUAAUGAAAUGAGGAUGUUGUUGAUGAACCGCGGGGUCAUACACUUUCUCUCCCUCCCUUCAUCCCUCUCCUUCUAUCCAUCUUCUGUAUUUGCACCUUGGGGUGAUUACCCGGGUGAAGGUGUGAAGAUUUGACACUCGGCAGAUAGAUUCAUUUACUGCCACUGCCGGACCUGGAGGUGAUAAUGAGGUUGAGGAUUAAAAGCAGACAAUCAGUCGGCCCGUGACGAGGUCUUCGCCGCCUCCUCCCCCACUGUCACUCCCCCUCGACCGCCUUGUUAAAAUAUACUACACCCUUUUUUUUCCCUCCUCGUUUUUUGCUGAGCUCUCAUGUAAUUACACACUAAUCUCUGACUCUGAGGGGAAUGGACCAGAGGGAGACAGAAACAAGGAAAGAGUGAUGACAGGAAAGAAAAACAGGAGUUAGAGAGCAAGAACUUUGUGCUAUUGUGUUUUUAUAAAAACUCAAACACUUGUGAGCCAUUCACUAGUUUUUCUCCCCAUCACAGCUGAAUCCAAAUAGUCUUUCUGGCCAAUUUAUAUUUGCACAAGUAACCCCUUAGAAUUUAUGUUUGUGCAACUUUUUUUCCCCACAGUGUAACUAAGUGACACCAAGCCAAGGGAAUGAAAUUAACAAAAAAUAUAAUUUUUCGACUCGUGUUUGAUUUUUUUCAGCAAAAUUCGGAAACUCCAGUUUGCAUUUUUAGCUCAUUUAUCAGCCUGACCUCCACAGUAACACAUUGCACCUUGUAAUAUAUUAAAGAGGAUCUUUACUGCAGUGUUACUAAAUGAAAAUAAGGAGUGCUGUUUAGUACAACUCACCUACUUUCUUCCAGCAGCCGCUUGUUUGUAGCAGACCUCAGGCCGGUCCAUUACAGACUACAGCGGGGUGACGCAGCUCAAGGAAGAACAUUUAUGAUCAUUUCUUCAUGGAAAUGCAAUCAGACCGAGACGCUAAGGCAGAAGAACUACCGUCUGCAGUGUAGAAUGAUCAAUAUGGUGAUUAUUACUUCAAGGAAAUGAUAAAGUAAUAAUCAUGAAGUUAGGUGAUGAAGUUAGGUGCUGUUCUGAGCAUUUUUUGUGGCGUUUUGGCUGAGGACUGUUUAUGGAUCCUCAGACCGCUGUGUAUUGCUGUCUGUGGUCGUUACUAAAGUCGGUAUAACUAGAGAAGCAAGCGGUCGGCAACAUUCAUCUCUCGAGGGGGUGUCUAACUCGGUGUUACAGUGUGUUUGACCCUAAAUUUAUUUUACUCCGGAAUAUCCCUUUAAAGGGAACUCCUCCAGCCAUACAUUGACAUGCAUGUUAAAGAUACAACUCCCACAACAAUGACGUUAUUACUGGAUACAUUGAGGAAAAAUCUAUCCAAAAUCAUUGGUCCAAAUGAGAACUUUUUAUUUUGGACUUUUUCGCUGCAGGGUUAAAGCUGCUUUUAGCUCUACCUGCGAUGUUUGUUGAUUCUGUGGCAUCAAUCAUGGCGCCUUGAUGUUCCCAUGAUAUUUACUCUGCAUACACAGAUCUAUUUUUGGUCCUGAGACAUCUAACACCAUCACGACGCUCCUCCUGAGCCGCUGUGCCCCCGUGCGCCCACAGGCUCUCGCUGUGCUGUGUAACCAUCCCGAGUUAACCUUUCCUGAAGGCACAGGGAAGCCCAGGCAUGGAGCUCUCUUUAGCAUAAUGAGUGUGUUCAUCAAAGCGCUGCCGUGUGCUGGAUGGAGCCGCCGGAUUCACCAACACACACGCAUCAACACACACAUGCUAAUGUGUGUGUAUAUGCAUGUAGGUGUGUGUGAGUUUCCUGCUGAGCUGGGAACAGGGCAGCAGGUGACGGCACUCUAAAUUACACAUGCACACACACUCUUGUACACACACAGACACACACACUCUCAAGCAUGGUGGACCUCGGUAACGGCCGCCCUCGGACCUCAUUUGAGGAUGAAAUCGUUUCUGUGACCAAAGUGUCAUCUAUAAUUAAUGACCACUUGUGUGUAAUUUAGAGAGAUCUCACCUGUGGCCCUGUCCCCAGCUCAGUGGGAAAACACUCACACAUGCACACACAUGAACACACAUACACCCACAAGCGGUUAAACUCAAGUGAACCUGAGCGCACAUUCAUGAGUGUAAAGCAGAGGAGCUGAGCAACAUAAGGAGAAAACCAGCAUCAAAUGACAGAGUUACACCUGAUAUUUAUAAACCAACAGCUGAUUAUAAAUGGUGCGCCAGUUUGUCAUUAAAUUUAGCUUAAAGAAGACCUCGUAUACCAAGGUGACCAGACGUCCCUAAUUUCCAGGGACAGUCCCCAUAUUGGAUGACCUGCCCCCGGCUAAAUGUCCCCAAUUUAAGCGUUUCAUGAGUGAGAACAAAAAUGUAUGAAUUAGGACACAGCGGGUGGGUGUUACUUUUUACACAGUUUUGUCGUCACAAAACAGCCUGAGACUAACACCUUGACAGAAAACAUCCAGAGCGAACCAUUAGCACCCACUGAUCUCCACAUUUAACCACUUCAGCAUAUGUUAGCCAUUGUUAUUGUUAGGGUGAUUUUCUUUAGCCUGUCAUGUCAGCCUUUAGGGUGGUGGAGCUGUGUCACCCAAAUACCUCGGAUACUUUGGUGCUAGAUUUCUGGAGCCAUGGGCCUCCAACAACCAUCCUCAACAAGGACCUUGUACCCGUGUUUAACAUCACUCCGUGCUUUAUUCUUACCCUACAUGGACUCUCCUUUAGGUCAACAAGAUGCAAGCAGAAUGUUUGGAAACGUGGACGACUAUAUAUACUUGAACAGUCUCAGACCAGUCUUUGUUUCACUUGUGGCAUGAUGAAACUGUAACCCAGAUCUGCAACCAGUAAAGCUUGUCAAACUGACCAUUCAUGUGAACCUUCCAUAUUUUUAAAUUUGAACAUUCUUACAUUCUACUGUUUUCAUGAUAUUUACAGCUAUAGAUGAAACAGCUGCAGGUCUCACUGACAAAUGAGAUGCAGAUCCAGGUUGUGAUGAACUCAGAUUUUGAAGGAGUCAUCAGUAAAGUGGCGAGUGCGGCUAGCUAUCAUGUGGCCAAAACUGUGACUUCAUCUCUGGGAUAAAAGCUAACAAGCUAGCACGGUUUAGCUAACAGGAUAGUCAUCUAGAGCGAUGAUAAUUCUCUAGGGAAGAGCUUUAGGCACCCCCUUUGAACAAACUGGUACCUUUUCGCUCAUUUUGCCAUAUGUCUACAGCAACACAUAAUGGACAAACUAGUACAAAUCAGGUUUUUGUGUUUUGUGAUUGGCUGAAAGAGAAGAAGAAGAGGGUGGUUGUUGUUGUUGUGCACAAUUCACACUGAUAAGAUGUCAAAUGGAGGAUUAAACUUAUUCUGCAUCACAGGGGCCUCUUACUGUCCAAAGGCCCUCAUUGAUCUACCAAUGGGGGGUGAGCAAGGGAGCAUUUAAACCUAAAAUCUGACCUCCAAAUUCACUUUUUACACACCGUACCUUUUAAAAAAUUUCCUUUGUGAAGAUAAAUUAGCUUUACCUUAUGAAUUCAGCUCAGUUAAUAUCAAAGUGCUUCAGCUGGUUAGAGAUUCAGCCGUCCUCCACUGUUUCAGGGCAGGACUCUCUGAAGUUAACGAAGGAUAAAAACUGACUCAGUCGCUCUCUUGUUGUAAAAAAUCUGACUAAAUCAACCCAACUUCCCCCGCUGACAUGAGACAGGAGGUGCCAGACCUUACAUAAACACAUUGUUCAAACACCUCCAGUCUUGAAAACAAUAUGAAUUCAUUAAUUAGCAGUAUUGCUUUGUCAGGUUCAUGUCAGGUCUCUAAUAGUUUCCCAAAUGAAUAGUUUCAGGACAGGGCGGCAGGAUCACAGAUUUGAAUUUGUUGUCAUUGUCUAGUUUUUAGUUAAACAGCUUUUCAGCAACAUUCAAGGUGAAAAGUUGAAUUUAACGACACCUCAAAGUUUACUUCACACACACAGAUACUGUCACCACUAGCUUUAAAAACUGGCUGACAGAACACAAAAUAAUCUCAGACUUUCCUAAUUAGACUAUAGAGAGUAUAUUAGACUUUUAUAGGACAACAGUGCGUAAAAGAAAUGCUCUAACCUAAAACCUAUGACGAAAAAAGAAUUUAAGGUAUCUGAUCUGUAAAUAUUAGUCAUAACUGCCCUCACACCCUUUUGUUACAGUCAGUCUACGCGUUCAUAUGAAGCUCUAGUUAGCUGAUGCCUGAAACACUUUUGCUGUUUUUCCACUGAUAAAACAUUAAAAAGAGACUGUAGGUGUUACUUUUUACACAACGUAGUCGUCAAAAAAAGACCUAAAGUUUAUGCAAUUGCAGAAAUCAUUUGCGACUAGCUAUUAGCACCCACUUAUUUCCCUAUUUAGCUUAUGCUAGUAUACGUUAGCCUAUGUUGGGUAUUGCUACUUAAGCUACACAUGCAAAUCCAGUUUGUACUGACCUUUUGUAAAACAUCAUCAGUGAGCCAUAAGUGGUAGCAACAGACAGCUAUUGUCGUUAUAGAAUAUCUUACUGUCUAGAUGUCUAAGCUCUUAAGAGGAGUCAGAAAACACUCCUGACACUGAGUGCUGAUAAAGCUGGCACAGAUAAUGCCUUUAGUGGACACAGGCCCUAAAAUGUGGAUACCAGUUUGGAUAGGGAUAGGAUGCUAUGGCUAUUGCUUGACUCUGUGUUUUGGCUUCACUUUCACAGGAAGGAUGUGAGUUUACAAAUUUCAACCCACUAAAAACUGAACAUUUUUUAAACGUGGAGACUGAAUUAAACCUUUUAGUACAACACUGAAGCAUUUUAAGCUGUUUCUGUUUGUUCCUGAGGCUGUAGGGUAUUUUCAGGUGCCUUCAGUAGACUUGAAUUUGAGAUAAUCCACCUUGUGCAGCGCAGUGCAACAGGAAUAAAAACAUUUUUCAAAGCCCUCGCUGUAUCUCUGAAGGCAACACGGCGCCGCUCCGGUCAUUUCUCAAACUGCCAGCGUGAGUCGCGGCGCUCCAGGCGAUGUCAUGUUAAACAAAACAGUGCAUUGAUGCAAUGCACAAAGAGUUGGUUAUGUCAAUGCGAUAUUUAUCACCUCUGAUCAAGAAGAAAUUAGUGUGAAAAUAAGGUCGUAGAUCAUUGUGGGUUAGAUUAAAUGUCAGAGGGGAGGAAAAUCGAUGUUUCAGUGUGGCCGGUAGAAAGAGCGUCUGAAGGUGCUGUGGCCUCAGGACAGCGGCGCUGCACUGAGCCGUAUCAUGUUUGACAUCCUUUAAUGUGCUGACCAGCCGGUGCAGAGCUGAUAAACAUGAACUUUAAUCUGUUUAUUUUCACCUUUGUUACCUGGUGUUUGUUGUUUUCCUUGAGCUCUUUGUGUUUUGAUUGUCCGGGCCGCAGAGCUCACGUACUCUCCACUUCGCUCUGUUUUGUUUCAUGAUUUGUUUUUGCAAAUUAAAGACACCUCUGCGGCUCCUGAAACCUGAGCUAAUGUUUUCCUUUGGUAUGCCAGCAGUGACUACAACAGCUGAUCUUAUUGCAAAAUGCUUAUGUGAUGAAUGAUGUGCACUUUGCAUGGAGGCACUGCAGCAGAAGCCUUGAAAAACUGAAAUCCUCAAAACGUAGUUUGCUGCUUUCUACUCCUAAAAACACAAACCGAUCUUAAACUGACAUUAUAAUGAAUGAACCUCUAAGAUGCACUUGAGCUCAAAGUCAGCCAACAGUUAAAGCAAAUGGGCUCUUUAUGUUCACUUUUAUUACACUUACCAUAAAGAAAGGUCCUCCUAAUCUGCCUUAAAAAUGCUGGCCGCUGUUUAAGACUCUCCUCACAGUCAGUUUGUCAGAUGAGUUGGUGUUUAGCAUCGGUCUGCAGAUAACUAAUGACAAUCCAAUCCAGCCAAUCAGAUGUUCCUAAUUACCUAAUGAACAGGGACAUAAGGUGAUUUGUUGCCAUGGAGCGCUUGUUAGGUUAAGUGGAGGGAAUCGACGGGAUGGUUUGAUGUGCUCUUACUGUAUCUGGUCUUACAGUGUGUGAAUCCAGUUGACCUGAGAGCAGUUUGAACCUGCUGCGCUUUAAUACAACCCGCUGUUAGAGAUGUCAUUCUUUAAACAUCGAUUAUAAUCAGUGCUUAACAACAGCAUUUUUAUAAUAAAGUAGGCCAUAAACAAACCCGUACCAAAGUCAAAACAAAACUAUUAUUGGUGAUUAUUAGUUAAUAGUUCAUCCCUGCUACACCAAUGUGAUUUGAAACAGUGGCUUACAAGUAGGUGACAGUUUCAAAGAGCAUUUAACCAGGUUAAAAUUUGCAAGAUUGCAUUUUAAAGUGUCAAUAUGGUGUGCAGUUAUACUAAGAUAGCUUUGAUUACAGUGAUCCCUGGUUAAUGGGACUGUAUAUGCACUUUUCUGGAGUUCUAGGUACCUCCUGUGUGUGUUUCCAGACAAAACCUCAUCCUUUUUCCUUAAAACUGUGAAAUGUAACACUCAAUGUGAGUAUUUACUGGGAAAAAGUACAAGAGCACAUUAUUUUCAGCCUGUUGCUUGUCUGACUACUACGAGUUUAAGCUGUAAAAAUGAAUACAGUUAAGUUGCCGAUGGUCUUGUUUGCUUUUGAAGGUCGUAAAAAGCCACCAGCAUCACUGUUUCCAAUCAGUUAAGAAGUCACCACAGUGUCUGUAAGCAUCAUUUUCAAUUUAAAAUAAAUGAACACCCUAGUAUCUGAUUUUAAUCCCAUUUCUAUUCACCAAAUUCAUAGGAAAGGCCCACGACAUACCUAUUCAGCCAAAGCCCAACUAUUAAGGCAUUAAAAAAAAACACACAAAACCAGUUUCACCUGAGCAACAGCAAACAACAACAAAGGUUAAGGUAUUCAAAGCACCGCAUGUUCAGUACCUGCCUUCAUUCUCACCAUGAAUCAUUAACCCUCAGCUUUGAAUAUGCUUUUCAAAGUGGCCACCUUCAUUUGUUUGUUUGCAAAAUUACCCCGGCAUGUGUUUGUGCGUUGUCUCUGUAAGUACCGAGCGAGCCCACAAACUGAUAAAGACGAUGAUGAAGCUGGGUUACAAGCAGGGAUGUGUUGAUGUGGUGGCUUCGCUGCGCAGCCCUGUCCCCCUUCCCUCCCUCCACCUCCUCCCUCUGCUCCCUCCUCCCUCUCUUAUUGACCAUGUUGCACAUAAUAAAUCAGCUGUGAGUUGGGCUACCUUGCAAGUACCCUAAUGAAAGCUCAUUUAUAAAGUGGCUAAAUGGUCCUGACAAAAGUCCUAAUGAGGAAAUCAAUAAUUCAGUGAUUGUUACUCUUCUUACACUAAUACGUCCCUCUUGUAGUGCUGUGACUCCAGCUAACAGAAGGCCAUUUUUUAUUGUGUUCAGUUCUGCGUGUCAGCACUGUUGUAGGUUUUUUUUCCUCCCUGUAAAGCUUUGAGAUAAAUUGUUUGUUGUUGUCUGUUGGUUCUUGGAAAGAUAAAAAGCCUCUUGCUGGAUCUUGGUCUUAGCUCCACUGAUUUAAUGCUGUGACACUGACUCUUUCUCUUCCUCCUUCAUUUUUGAUUUUCUAAUUCCUUAACCCUCAUUAGUCAUCUUCUUUAUUUACUCUAAAGUCAGUGUGAAUGGCAGAGACAUCUAGCUUGUAAUUUACUAAAAAUUUGACAAAAACACAGACAUAGAAAAUAAUUGACAGACAAGAAGACAAAGUACAAAUGCACAGUUUAUGACAGCAAGCAGAGAAACUUAAAAAAUGCUGAGUCAUACUGUUAGCUGUUAGCUGCUAGCUUAGCAUCCAGUAAUUAAAACCCUUACAUAUUGCUAGUCUGAGAACUAAGCUUUGGCAUCGUCAUUUAUACUUUCUUUUUGCUUAAUAUAUAGUGUUUUAAACUGAUCAAUGAGGGAAAACAGCCUCUGCUGCCUCCUAGUUAGCUUAGCGUCUAGCCUAGCAUAGUCUAGCCUAGCCUAGCCUAGACCCUUUUUCUUUCUCCGUGAUUUUUGAUUUUCUAAUUCCUCAACCCUCAUUAGUCAUCUUCUUCUUUUACUUCAAAGUUAGUGUGAAUGGCAGAGACAUCUAGUUUGAUCGUGUUAACGUUAGCCUUUUUGUUGUAAUUUACUGAGAAUUUGACAAUUGUUUAACUGUGAAAAACACACACACAAGAAGACAAAGUACAAAUGCAGUUUUCGACAAGCAGUAAAAUUUUUAAAAAUGCUAAGUCAUACUGCUAGCUGUUAGCUGCUAGCUUAGCAAACUAACAAUCAGUCACUUUUUUCUUUGUAUCUAGUGAUUUCAAUAUAAUUGUUAGUCUUUGAACUUUGCUCCGAGCUUUUGCAUCAGCAUUAACACUUCCUGUUUGCAUAAUACGUAGUGUUUUAAAAUUAUUAAUGAGGGGAAACAGCUUCUGCUGCCUCCUGGUUAGCUUAGCUCCAAGUAGCUCAUCUUCUACUCCACCACUGCACCAAUGGUCUGUCAUUUAAAUUAGCAUAACAAACCGAUCAACAUAUAGUAAGGUCUUGUUUAGGUAUGUCAAAUAAGCAAAUAUAAAUCUUCAUAAUUUGUGCUGGCAAGCUGAUAAAUUGAUAUUUCUCAUCCUGCUACCUUUUAUUUUUAAACCUGAGUUAAUGUUGUUCGGUCAUGCAAUUUUCAGAGAAAUGAUAACCUCAUGCUGGUAUUAAUUUUAAAGCAAUUGCCCUCAAUUACCAGUUAAAUAUAUUAUCUUUCCUUCAAUCCUAAAUGACUUUUGUCUAAGGUGUUGAUUGCACUCUGGGGACAUGCAUUUGCAGUAUUUUUAUAAAUGAAAGGACUGCUACAUUUUCUGACACCACUGCUUGUUAAAAUCAUGAAUGAUGCAAAUAUUCAAUAUUAAAAAACCCUAAAAAUCUCAUUUUAUGGUGAUAGUCAUGUGAGGAUGUGAUGCACAUUGCAGUAUGAGACAGAUGGUGACUGUCCCCUGUGAGGUCAUUGAUCAUCAGCCUAAGCAAUGGGAGUGUGUGCUGUAGGAAAGCCCGGGGAGCAGCACCCCAGUCCUCUGUUAAUUGCAGGGGCAGGUAGAUUACCCUCUCACGCCCCUCACUGGGCCUUAAUGUUGGGCAUGGAUACCCACCGGCCACCCUAUGUGCUCCCUUCGGCCGCACCUUAGAUUCAUCAUUGUGUUAAAAAAAUGUGAUUAAUGAGACACAUUAUGCAUCCUUUCAGAGAUUAAUGACAGUGUGGUUUUAGUCGGCGGUAAACACUAAAGGUAUAUUUCCUGCAGAGUUUAGAGGAUCCUCUUUAAAGCAUGAAUCAAACACCUUCUCAGAGUGCUUUUCUGUGUCUUUCUCUUUUCAAAAGCUCUCUGUAUAGGGGACUAGAGAGAGCAGAGAAGGAGAGAUGCUACAGCUGUACAAGCUUCAGAUUUUGAUGUGGAGAAAACACUCCUAUGUUUCCUCUUUCUUUUUUUUUGUGGUCCCUUUACAGUUCCUGUUGUCUUUUUUCUUUCAGAACAAAGAAUAAGCUGUGGUACUUUGAGUUCGGCACUUCGGAGACCUUCUCGGCCACGUGUAAGAAGCUCCACGACUUUCUGGAGGUUGAGGUAAAUCAAACCGCAUACUUUGAGUUUUGAGCCCUGAAGGAAAGAAAAGCUUUUUGAAAGUCGCUCCUCUCACCCUUUCCUUUUUUUUUUAAUCAACAUUUAACUUUUACUUUAAAAAUGCCUUUUUUAAACCUCCUGAUCAACCCUGUUCUAUAAAAAGCAAAAAUUUGUACGAGUUUCCAAUCCACCCAGACAAAGUGUUGAUGUGUGAAGGCUAUCUUCUGCACCUCCCCUCCUACUUCUCACUGUACCUCAGUUCAACACGCAGGUAAUUAGCCCUACAUGACCCCGCUGUGUGUGAUAUUGAGUGAUAAUGAAGAUGCCGUCUAUACACUUCAUCUUCCCCCUUUACAGAGCUAUCCACACAGUGCAGAGGUCUUCAUUAAUUAGUGCUGGUUAAGUACCUGCAGAACUGGAGGGGGGCAGGACUGGAAAUCCAUGCUCCCUUUUCAAGUAUUACAGUUUUCAGGGUGUUUAAUUAGACUGGAUUUUCUGCAAUAGCGGAUUCAAAGUGUUUGAUGGCAAUAAAGGAUCCAUCAAACUGGUUCAGGAUCUUGAUCAGUUGGGGCACAGAUUCUAGCCUCACGCUCUGUUUCUGUCUUUUUCUUCAAGUGUGAUGGCGUAACUCUGGACCUCAGCAGCAUCUCCCUGGAAGGCAUCGCCAUCCUCAACAUUCCCAGCAUGCAUGGCGGCUCAAACCUCUGGGGCGAGAGCAAGAAGAGGAGGGGGAAUCGCAAAGGGGGGAAGAAGAGCCAAGACAAGAGGACGCCGGUGUUGGACCCCAAGGAGCUCAUGUUUGCAGUCCAAGGUAUCAAGACUGAAUCAGAUAGAGCAGGUUUAUGGACAUCUGUUAUUAUAGAUCAGUAAACUAGCCAAUCAGAUCUCAUCAAAGUUGAAACCAACGGUGUUUUUGAUAAGUUUGGAGACCCAACACACAGUUGGAAAAUGGUGAGUCAUCAACAGCCCUGUGUAUACUGCAGAUCAUGGUUUGUGUGCCCUAAUGGACAAUAUUACUCUAAGGUAAAUGGGUCUGACAGUGUAGGUGUCCUUGUUCCUAUCAGAUAUAUCAAAGAGCAAACUUUGGAGCAAACUUUUCCACCGAGCAUGAAUAUUUCACUCAUGACAAGGUGAAUCAUAGCGAGCAGGUUUUGUUUGCAAAGAGGAGGUACAAUCAUGUCACUGUUUGGGACUGUCACUGGUGUAUUAAUGGUGCGUUCAGGCUCCAGCGAACAGGCUCAGCUAAUAGGAGCAGACUGGAGGGGGUGUUGGGCAUACCCCCGAAUCCAUUUACGUCAAAAGGAAGCCCGUCAAUGGGAGUGCAUGAAUGAAUGCUGCAGAAUGACUCGACUGCUCAGAGGUAACAGGUGAGACACGGUGAGCCACUUGAAGGACUUUUUAGAAGGAGGAAAGUCUUAGGAAAGCUUUUGUUGGAAAGACUAAUGACAUUUUCUCAGCCUCUGCUUUACGUUGUGCUCACUUAAAACCAACAAGUAUGUGCAAGUGUUUUUGAGUAAAGUCAGUGGUUUUCUGACAGCAAAGUAAAGGGCAAUAAAAUAAGAAAAUUGAGCUUGCACUCACGCUGACAUCAGUAUUUGGGUUGGAUUUCUCAAAAAUAGCUAAAUUACAUGGCAGAGUUGACCCUAUCUGCAGCAGUUGAUAGUCCCAUGUCUGUGAUGCUUCUCCGUCCAGUUUCUCAACAAGUGGGCCUGGAAUCUUGUUGUAGUGAACAAGUGCAGACAACUUCACUUGCAAACAAAGACAAGCAAAGUAAAACACAUAGCCUACCGUUACAAUAGUCGUGGGAUAGUUUUGUUGAUCAGUAUCAGAAUAGUAGAUGUUUAAAAGUUGUUUUGUGAAAAUUAAAGUUGGGAUAAAACGUUGCUAACAGUAUUCAAUAUUUGAUUUCACAAGACAGAUGUCUUUAUACUCAAAAAUAUUGUCAAAAUGAUGUAAAUGCAGUUACUUGACGCUAUCUAUGCACCCAGUUAGCCAGCUGGCUAACCCUUGCUAGGUAACAGGAAUAGUGCGAUCUGAAUGUAAACUGUUUUAAAUCUAGAAAUGGUCUCAGUGACACCACCCAUUGGUUUCUUAAGCCAAGUUUUGAAGUCCAGCUAUGAUGGUUGUCAUAUUGAAAAUGUAACUUUUGGUCGAUCUAACUUUGGUUGAGUUAGCAAAAGGCAAAAAGGUGCUGAAAUGGGCCUUCACCUGAAGUUAGCUAUGCCUCUAAUAUGUCUUAAUGACUUUAAAUGAGUUAUAUGACAACCCCCUGUCAAGACGACCUUCAUUAAAUACGUACAUAUGUGAUUUCUCCUACUUUUGUAGCCAGCCCCAAGUGGACACAAAAGGAACUGCAGUUUUUUGCACUUUUGUAGGAUGACUCAUGUGACCUCAGCUCAGCUUGUGGUCUAUACAGGCUGUGAAGGCUUGAAUUCUUUGAGUCCUUUUUCAUAUUCUUCCAUUUACUUACUUAUUUUUAUUCCGUCCUUACUAUUAUUUUGAAAUAUCUUUUCAGUACAAAAUCAGCAACUUGUGUUUUUCACGUUUUUAAGGCAUAUGCUGCAGCAGGUUGAUAUUCAGCCUGAGUAAACAAAUGCUGCUUACAUGUCGGGAUGAUUAUAACCCCUCUAAUAUGAUGAUGUGUCAGUUAGAUUAAGGUACAUUUUGGCACAGAGGAGGCCAGAGUAUGAGGAGAUAGUUGAUCAAUUUAAAGCCCAACCUUGCUUCGAUGAACACUCCAUUAUUCCUCAAAUAAAAAUCAAUCAGGUUCGAGUUUGUGGUCAUAAAAAACAUCGUCUGAACCAGGGAAGGCACUUAGUUUGAGAGGAGAGGCCUCUAUGUCAGUGUGUGCUCAUGCCCAUUUGUGUAUGUUUAUUGAUGUGUAUGUGUGUGUGUUUGGAUGCACAUCUGUGUGUAUGUGUGUGUUGCCCUUGCGAAAGGUGCCCUCAAGGUGAGCAGCCUAAGUUGUCAGAUCAAGAGGACAACGUAUUUAGAGGUAAAUACAGGAGUGCAUUAGCCCAGAGGGGGCACCGCUGAGCACAGCACACGGAUCAAACUGUUAGUGGGGAUUAUUCUGUGUGUAUAUGUGUGUGUUUGUGUACGUGUGUGUGUAAGUGGGAGUGUAGAGGGAGGGAGGCUGGGGGAUAAAAAAACUCUGACCUUUCGAGAGCUGUUAAAUCGUCCCGCUGGUGACGCCAGGAGACAAGCCCCUCAGGUGGAAGGGAAUGGCUGCAGAGUGAAUUAUUUAGAAUGGGACUGAGGUUUUUGCUGUGGAGGGAGGGGAGGAGGGAGGGGUCAAAGGGGGGUCCGUGCGUGGGUGGAUGGGGUUGAUGCUUGGGACUGAUGCUCCAUGACAAGCCCCAUGAAGCUUUCACUGGAGGAUCAGCCGCCAUUACUCUUCAGCUUCACUUUCAGCUGAUCGGCUCCUGGUCCGGGUACUCUCCUCCUUUUGGGCUCCCGCUCUCACUCUGUUGAUCCUAGUGUGUCAGAGUGCAGCUGUUGAUGUUUGACAGUGACUUUUAUUCUACACCGUGACAGGAACAUAUUACUGACAAUAAGCCACCAUGCAUCAACUGUCACUCCACGUCCAGCUGCUGUGUACACGGUGUGUUUGGUCCCAUUAUCUGUUUAUCAUACGCCUGUAUUCACGUCUUUGUUUUCUGAGUCAAUCCAAAAGGGGCAACAGUAAGUUUCUGAUUUUUGAAGGGGGGGUCUGGGGGUCCUCCCUCUGGAUAUAUUUAGCAUCCAACACUGAAUCCCAUGAAUUCUGGUGAAUGUUUAGAAACAUAAUCAAGUUUAAGCAUUAUCAAGCAUCUUAUCAAGUUUUAUCCAUUAGCAGAGCAUCCAUGUGGAACAUUUUCCUGUUAAUUUUACUGGAAGGGCAUCCAGAGGGCAAGAUUUUACAUUUCACACACAGCAAAAGAAUACUAUGGAGCCCGGGCGGUGACAUGAACUUUAUUUUUUUUACAAUUCACAUGUGCGAUUUAGUAUCUUGGAUAUAAACAUUUUAUAGGUAUCUCAUACAUGCGUUUUAUUUUGUACCUUGCCCAUGCGUUUUUGUUAAGAACUUUCUGUGUGCCUUAUUUGUGAGAGAAGAAGGACAGUGUUGUGGACAGAGAACAUAUUAUCAACAUUCUCUUUCAUUUAGGUUUGACUCACAAAGAGAUACUUUAGAGCUUAGCCACAUUUGGUUUUGUUUCGAGUAGGAGACACCUCACCAGGAGCACAGCGACUUUGCCGUCGGUGAUAUUCAGCCUUGCAGGAAGUGAUUUUGUUUAUUAACGAACAGUUAAAUCGCACCUGGGAUAUAAUAAAUCACAUGUGCAGUGUACUAAAAUGCACGUGUGAGAUACUAAAUCGCAAAGGCGAAAAUCACAAGUGCGAAUUAAAAAAAGGUAAUGUCACCUCCCGGGCUCUGUAGAAUACAUAAUUUUUUUUAAUUAUUUUUACACUUUAUAUACUGUACAGGAAUUUAAAAGGCAUGUUAUUGCAUUUUAUGUACUGGUAGUGCAUCUUCAGCCAAUUUUGUUUUAAUGCUGGAGGGGCAUUCAGAGGUCACUUUUUAAAUGUUUUGUAUUAUGGAAGGGCAUCUAGUGGGUACUUUUGGAUGUUUUAUAUACUAGAAGAGCAACCAGAGAGCACUCAUCCAACUUCAUCCAAGUCCAGCUGCCUGACCUUGUUUUAUUUGGCAGAGACGCUCUACAGCCUUCAGACAGCAAGCGCGCUUACGUUUACUAAAUCUUUGUAGCCCCCGGCAACAAGGACUCCCUUUUGCCAUGGUGACGCUGUCCAUCAUAUGUGUCAGGUGGGGCAUGUGUGAGCUGACUGUGAUAAUGUGAGAAGUCAGAACGAGGAGGAGCAGGUUUAAAGCUCCGUGUCAGGAGGUCAACCUGCUGGACAUGUACACACACUCAACCACUCCAACCCUGGAAAGCAGCAGCGCACUCACAGCUCAGCGCCCAGAUAGGGUCAGACGCAUGUCCGUCACCACGGUGACAGCUGGACAGCACAGCUCGGGAGCAACAACAACACCUCAGGACAGCGGCAACAUAACCCACGACACUCUUUCAGGAAACCAGCACAGCUCAGAUAAACAUGACAGCGAUGGAGCAGCAGCAGCGACAGCGAGCUAACUCCCUCGCACGUGCUGAGCGACUAAAAAUGGGUCUUAGUUUCAAUUAGAGUCUGCGAGCUCCCGGCAGCGAGGCAGCAGCUUCUUAAUUUGUGGAGGGACGAGUCGAUGGAGAGUCGGAGGCAGAGCUGGCGGCUGAAACAGAUGGGCCCUGCGUGACUCUGGGCUUCCAGCAGGGGCAAAAUCAAUGCUCAUAAGUGCAAAACAGAAGAGAAAUUAAUAAUUAUAUUAUCACAAGAUUGCUUUGCAUUGCCGGUGCAAUCUAAUUAAUAGCUGUUAUGUUUGUAGCCUGUUGUUCUUGGUGCUGUUAUUCUUUUUUUUUUAAGCAGGGUGUUGAAUGUUUGGAAGGAGAAGAGGAGGAAGACAGAAUCUGAAGAUCACCUCAUGUUUCACUCUUCUUUACUUCCUCUUCUCCUUUAUCUCAUGUUUUCACUUUUACCUCCUGCAGAGAGAAACUUAAAAUUUCACAUCAGCAGUGUUUCAAGAGAGUGAGGAGCUGAUUUAUUGAACCAUUUAUUGAACCAUUUUGACACAUUUGACUGUCCAAAGAGUCACUUCAUUUCAACCAAAUUUACAGAACAAUGUCUGAGUUUUUAACAGCAAAGCUUAGAAUUGGCCACAGUGACUGGACUUGAAUUAACCUCAUGUGUUUGUGUGUUUCAGACCUGUCCGACCAGCUGCUGGAGGUGGUGGGUCUGGAAGGAGCCAUGGAGAUGGGUCAGAUCUACACCGGGCUGAAGAGCGCGGGAAGACGCCUGGCUCAGUGCUCCUCCGUGACUAUCAGGUCAGAGUUUAGACUGCUCACACUUUGAAUUUAAGUUUUCAACCAUGUCACCUGGUGCCACACUUUUAAAUACAUUUGCAUCAAGUUUAAUAUGAACCUGUCUCCUUCACAACAGAACCAGUAAAUCCCUUCCCAUGCAGAUCGAUGGAGAACCCUGGAUGCAGACCCCGUGUACUGUAAGUUGUUGAAUACAUCUACAGGCCAAAAUAUGCUUUGAAAUGACAAAUCCCACUCUUUGCAUGUAUUACUUAUUAGCUCACUUUCCUUUACACUUAAAUAUGAAUGGUUAUAUAAUUUUUGUACUUUCUGCGCUAAAAAAUAAAAGUGUCUAUCAGUGAAUUUACGGUAUUUUGGCUGAGCGCUUAAAAGAACUGCGCAGCCAAAAGAAAAAACAAGAUAUAUAGCUGGAAAAAGGUUUAAGGGGCUAGUUCUAAAAUAAAAGGUGAAAUCUGGUGCAGCGUCUGUCUUUGUAUUCCUGUUCUGUGAUGUUUUGCAGCCUCUUAUUUACUGCCUGCGUCUCAAACGUGCUCUUCCUCGAGUGUUCGCCCUCUGUCCAUGCUGUUCAUUUCUCAAAACGACACUCCUCAGCGCGCGUUGAUUACGGUUGUGUUUAGCUUUAAUUACAACACCACUGCAAAUGAAGUGCCGCUGAGAUUUACAUAUGGAUCGCCGUAGAAACGCUAAAAAACCCCGAGCAUGACGAAACGAGUAGACCGCAAGUGCUCUUGUGUCUGCUGGCACAAAUCCACAGAGUAAAGUUAGGAUCUGACAAUACAUAAUCCUGCUGCAAAUGAUUCCCAGGUCUCAGACAGUACGGCAGAGCUGAAUUUGAAAUCAGCCGACCUGUUAAAUGCUUAUAAAAACAUCACAGUAGUUGGGAUGUUAACCCACUAAUUAUUAACAACAACAACUAUGCAAAUGAAUCUCAGUUCCUCUGCAUGCAUAACAUAUUUAACACCACCAAUCCAUUUGCAUUUUGAAGCGACGUAUGACAUGUAUCACUGUUGCUUCAUAACUAGGUCUGAAUUUACCGACAUAAACGAAAAUUUAACUGAAUGUCAAAGCAUCUUUACAAAACAUUCACCUAAAACUAAUAUUUUCCUUGAUUUUCUUGUUUUUUUUGGUUAAUUUUUGUUUGCUGAAGAGUCCAUUACAUGUAUAAUUUUCUAUUUGUUAAAUUUUUAAAAGCCCUAUUGUUCUGUAACUGGGGCUCUUGAUGCCUAUAAAUGCUUAAUGCUGCAUUUUUACAAACAGAGCUCAGCUGUCCUCCAUAAUGUAUUUCAAGUAUUCCUUUAGAUCCUCCUUCCUCAAAAGGUUAGAAAUUUUUUUGUAAAUCACAAACAUCAAGAUCAAUCAGGUUUAAUGAUUACAGAAAGCAUACAAAAGCUGGUAAUUGCUGCUGAGUCAGAGUGCAAGUACAAUAAAUGGCAGUUUCUCCUUUGAAGUGAACGUUGUCCCUUUAAUGCAGAUGGCAGCAUUUCCUCUCCCCAUUACUGCACUUACACUCUUUAAUGCAACAGUAUAAUGAACUACUAUGUGCUUAAUACGACAACCUUUGAUGGUUGGUAUUUGUUGCCUUAUUGAUCUACAAUCUCAACCUUCAACAUAAAUAGCAUCAUUGUUGAGAGACAGGAUAUCCUCUGAUACUACAGUGCUGAAGCCCAUUCUUUACCAUAAUCUACUUUAAUGUAUGUUAAACUCAUUAUAUAAGACAUGAAAGUUUCCACAUUAUGGAGACACUCAUGAGCCAACGCAAUAAAACAUGGGCCAAUCUGUGGAUAUUUCAAACUGUUAUUGUUGAUCCAUCAUGGAAAUUCAUUCUUUAGAGCUGGUAAAAUAAAACAGUGUAUAGAAACUUUACAGACCCACUCCGAUGAAAAUCAUGGUUUUCUUGUUUUUACAUGUUCAUAUGGCAUUUUUCUCUGAUGCUACAGGACAUAUCAAGAGAAAAACAGGCGCAAAAUUGCAUUUUCUGACUAUUUCUCAAAUCGCUGUGAACCUCUCACAGACCCACACAGCAGGUUCGGACACAGUAAGAUUUCCCACGUCAGAAUCGUAGUGGGACUUUAUAGUUUAACAGCAUUGAUUUUGAUUGUAUGGAUAAAUCUGACAAGAGUACUGGUCCUUUAGGAAAAUGUUUAUAUUCCUAAUAGAUGAAACUUGGAGGAACAUCUAACUAAUUUGGUCAACAGGUAAAUAACAUGGCAUAAAUAGGGCAGUUCAGAGAGGCUGUGUUUUUCAGAAGUAAAGCAGUUUAACAAUUUCAGAAUAAUGAAUCUGGAGAUUUUAUUAUUGUUAUAAUCUGAAGAAACCUUGGUACAAAACAGGACAAGCCCAAAAACCCAAUAUUGGAUAGCUGGAAUCUCCCGGCCCUCAGCGAGCGCUGCAUUAAAAACAGACAUGACUCUGUAGUGGAAGUCACCACAUGAGCUCAAAUCCUAUGUCUGUAAAUAUAUCUUGAUGCGGCAUCCACAAAUAUGGACUGAGGCCAGGUGGGAAACUGUCCUCUUGUUUACUGAAUCCAAAUUUGACAUUCUUUUUGGAAACCAUGGUGAAAAAAAAGUGGGAGAGGGAAUAUCACCCAGUUUGCUACAAGCCUAGCAUGGGUGCUCAAAACAUGGGUAGCUUACACAUCUAGACAGGCAUAUACAGGAUUUAGAGGAACAUAUUCUGCACCCAGACAAUACUUUUUCAUGUUUUCCAGUUUAACUUUGUGCAUGGACAUGUUGCAGAGUAUAAUUUAGUGGCCAGCAGUGUAAAUUAGUCAGAACGUGAGCUUAAUACCUACUAUUUAAAAUACUGACAGGAUUGGGAGGGUUCGUCUAAGGAUCCACUGCUUUGAUAACCCCCAUGAAUGUGUUUAAACCAGAAGCGACUCAACUACAUUUGAUCCAUCAUUUAUUCAAUAAAACAGAAAAAAAUCACAAUAUAAACAACUGUUUCCCCAGUUGGUGUUGUGCUAAAUCAUGAUGACAUUUGGGCACAGUUUUUUUUUUUUCAGCCAAUGAGAGCAGAAGGAGAUUUGACCAUUUUUGGUGUGUGUGUUUGUGUAGCUUUGGUGGGGGUUGUAACAUGUAAUGUCCUCGGUAAUUAGACCCCAUUGUGACAUCUUCGUACCUCCACAGCGGUGAUCAGGGUGACUGCAGCAUAGGCUACAGAGUCUAGACAAUAGUGUGGGUGGAAGUGGUGAUGAUGGAAGGAUGCAGGAUGUGAUGAGGGGGCUGGACAUCUGAAGGCCUGACACUGACAAGGAGUGGAGGUGACUGGGGUGGAGGAGGGUCGCAGCGAUCCACUCUGAAACGACAAACUGACGGAGCAGAGGGAGAACAGAUGUAAGGUUUGGCAGCAGGACGAUUGGCUGAUGGAGGUUGUGGCAAAGCCUGGUUGGUGAAUACCUUAGAGAGUAAACGCCCAAGAUGAGGUGAUGAGAGAAGCAGGAGGAGAUAGAAAUGGAGAGAGAGAGCUACACAGGGAUGCGAGUGAUGAAUGAAUGAAUGAAUAUGUCACAGUCUUCCUGAGUGGACGCACUUCAUAUCAGCAUUUGAAUGGAGAAUGGACAUUUUUUAGACUACAACUGAUACUAAAUAAUAAUGAAUAUGUGAUAAUUACGUUGUGUUAUACAAGUCUUAAGGUGUAUUUUCAUAAGAGGUCAGCCGAUAUUGGUUUUUAUGGCUGAUACGGACUGAUCGUUAGCCAUUCAUGUGGCAGAUAAUCGAUAUUAUCAGUUUUCAUGUGUUAACGUGUGAAGUCCAGCCAAUCAUUUUCCCACAGCUUUGUAACUGCAGUAUGCAACAGUGGGGGUAAUGUGUCAGUUGCAAAAGACUCAUCGACAAGAAUCGUCUUCCAAGAAUCGUUUGCGAGCAGAAAAAAGACGGUUCUUGCGGAGUUAGAGGACCUAAGUCUAAAUUCCCAUUACGAGUAGCAAUUAAGCUGAGGUUGCUCCCCUGCUUUCCUGCUUUCCUGGAUUGCAGACAGUUUGAGCAAGAUUACACUUUUUUUUUUUUUAGAUUUAAUCAAAAUAUCGUUUAGAUUUGAUAUUUUGUGGGAUCCUCUCUGUUGCAAACUGAUCUGAAAGAGUAAACAAACCUUCAUCUCUUUGCUCUUCUCUUUUCAUCAGAUUGAGAUCGUCCACAAGAACCAGGCCCCCAUGUUGAUGGGACAGCCACAAGGCCGGAGCUUCUUCUCCUCCAUCAUCAGACGAACCCGCACAGAGAGCAAAGACUGAUCCAUCGCAAUCCAAGACUUUUCAAGUCCUCACAAACACCUGCAGACAAGCGGUCACCAGUCGAUCACCACUCGGCCCGUUAGUGAAGGGGGUUUUUGAUGCCUGUUUGAUAGCCCAGCUUCCAGUAGCACGCUGCAGGUGCAGUAAGUAUCACCUGCAGCUGGGAGAUGUCACUGAGAAGGCCUUGAUUCAUCCAGAGUGAGGUGUGUUUAGAAGUGAUGCUUCAGUCUGUACUGUAGUGUAGUUUAGCUCCAAAAAUACUGAAGCUAUUUUGGGUGGUCCAGUUUUAUAAAAGUCUGUUCUUAUUUCUGCUGUUGUGAUCCGUGCCAUGUGGGAAAAAAAACCCACAGAUGAAUGUGUUUUGUGAUAAGACGUAUUUAUUUAUUUAUUCAUAUUUGCUGCUAUUGAUGUUUUUCAACAGUUAUUUUUGCAUUUGCAUACCCCUGAUGCAUGAUGGACAGUGAAUGAGGACGCUGCUGUUGAAGCUGACAUAUCUGGCGUUUUGUGGGUGAUCUUUCCCGAGUGUUCAGUAAGAAGUGAAGUUUCUGUGCUCAGCAUUUCAUCAGCGCUUCUCCCCCCUCCCCGAAUGGCUUCAAGUCUUGAAAAGACAAAGAAACGCUCGCUUUCUUUACACAGUUCCUGCAAGUCAUCCUGCGAUGUCAUGUUUUGAUCUGAUGUGCCGCUGCUCUGCCAGUGAAAAAGAUUAGGAAUGAUUAUUGAUCCUCAUAAAAAAUGCAUGACACUCUUUGCUCGACGUCGCACCACAGUUUUUCCAGACAGUUUUACCAAAUGUGUGCACACUUUGUGUUGCAUGAGUGACCAGGAUCUGUUUUGACACUUGUGGAAACUGAUCGCUUUUGAAUCUAAAUCUAGAGUGCCGCUUGGUUUAACCAUAUCACACUUUGUCUAUAAGAUGGCAGCAUUUUGAGUGGCUGCUGUGUGUAUUUGAAGGUACUCGGGUACCUUUCAGAGUGGGAGGAACAAUGAAAAGGCAACAGGAGCGAGUCUAGCGUUCAUUCAUGUUGCUCCAGUGACUGUAUAGAUGGAUAUUCACGUGAAGCAGUUCGACCUCCUCUGGUCAUUGAUUUGUCCUGAUGUCUACUGUUGAGUGUUUACAGUCCUCUGCACAUACAAGCCAACAUUAACCAAUUAAAGUCUAAAUACAAAAUGACUAUUGACAUAAAUAUUGUACAAGCUUGAUUUAAAGAAUCAAUCCCGAAAAUCAAUUCAUCCUAUAAUUACAGAUUUCUGAGGCAUUUUACAGCCAAUCACAUGUGCACGUCUUCUUGAAGCCUUGAUAGAUUUUUUUAUUCACUUUAAACUGCCAAAUUCAUAGAGGAGUCUCUUUAUAUGAAUAAAAAAAGAAUAUUUAUUGAUAAAUUAAUUAACAAAGUUACAAAUUUAUUUACAUGAAUUAAAGAGAGCAUUAUUUAAAUGGUAACUGUAAACAGUUUUUGUACUUAAGAGUAUUUAUUUCACUAAAAGAAAAACACUUCACAUGAGAUUUUUGGGGUAUUAGUUGCAGAUCUACACUCCUGGUGAAUAUGUUGUUUUCAGCGUAACCAUACUGCAGACUGUUUCCAGAGAAUAACUUUAAAGCUCCUGUGAGGAACUUUGUGUUGAUUUUGGCACCCCCUACUGAGCAGUCCUUGCUUGCUUAGUCCUAUACAUGCUUGAGUAAAUAUUUUUGUCAUCCUGUUGAUUUUUGACAGUUGAAUGUAUCUGUAUUUUAUUGCAAUUUUUAAAAACAGGACUCUUUAUCAGCUGCAAGGCUGACACUUACCCCCGUCACACUAGAUUGAGGUAUUAAAAUUACAACAUAAAAAUCUAUAAUCUUGUGGCUGAUGGUCUUGUUCGCUUUUGGCUAUCAUGAGAACACAACAAUAUGAAUUUUAGUCUACUUCAUAAAUGUCAAAACAACUCCUCAUAGGAGCUUUAAGCUCGACUGUUUCAGCCUUGAAAAGUGCCAAUCCCCCGUGCAGACUGGGUCAAAUGAGUCUCCAUCUCUUUGCUUUGAACUUUGCAGCAUUUGUACAGUCAGGUUGUAUUUUUGUACACAGUAUUAGUUAUUUUUCCGCCUAUCGCUCUUCUUCACUGUUCAACUCACACCAUGUUGUUCUGCCUAAAACAAACUAUGCCUGCAAAUGUGACUGAGAAAAGUGAUAAUAAAGCUUUGUUGUUUGACAGA